CACCAUGUUGGUAGGUUUAGAAUUGUUGUAUUGCUUCCAAAAAUGUCAGGACAUCAUCUUGUUCACAGGAUUUGAACGAACCAUCUAAUGGGGAUAAUAGUUGGCAUUGAAUACCCACCGUCACAUUAAAGGUAGUAAUAUUUAAAGUCUUAUUCUAUUAAAUUAUUUUUAAUUUCUUAAAUUAGUUUGAUUAUUUAGAAAGUUAUGACCUAUAAUUUCCUUUUUGGCUUUGUAUCAAUCGUAUAAAUCAGGCCUGCACCUACUUUGCGGCCCGCGAAGUAACGAAAUAUUAUUUAUGCUUCUUAUUUUCUGAAAAGCUAUUCCCCUAUGUACUAUUUUCUUUUGGCCCGCAGAAGAUUUUCAUCAAGUGUUACGGCCCACCUUAAAAUAAUAAAUUGCAUUUUAAGUUGUGCAGGCCUGGUUUUACGGUCGGUCUUACAAUAAUAAAUUACAUUUUUAGUUGUGCAGGCCAGGCAUAAAUCUUAUAAAUGUAUGAUUAGUUAAGAAUUAGUAUGAUACAUGACUUUGAUUCCCCCCCCCCAAAACACCCUUUCUGACCAAUAAGGGAUGCUCCUGGGUGCCAUCCAUGGCUUAACAGUGCCACACAUGGCUUGACAGUGCAGUCCCUGGUUUGAGAGUGCUAUGCAUGGCUUGACAGUGCCAUCCAGGGCUUGACAGAGCCACCCAUGGCUUGACAAUGACACCCAUGGCUUGACAGUGCCACCCAUGGCUUGACAGUGCCAUCCAUGGCUUGACAGUGCCACCCAUGGCUUGACAGUGCCACCCAUGACUUGACAGUCCCACCAAUGGCUUGACAGUACCACCCAUGGCUUGACAGUGACACCCAUGGCUUGACAGUGCCACCCAUGACUUGACAGUACCAUCCAUGGCUUGACAGUACCACACAUGGCUUGACAGUACCACCCAUGGCUUGACAGUGCCACCCAUGGCUUGACAGUGCCAUCCAUAGCUUGACAGACAGUGCCAUCCAUGGCCUGACAGUGCCACCCACAUCCAUAGCUUGAGGGACAGUGCCCUCCAUGGCUUGACAGUGCCACCCAUGGCUUGACAGUGCCAUCCAUGGCUUGACAGUGCCACCCAAGGCUUGACAGUGCCACCCAUGACUUGACAGUCCCACCCAUGGCUUGACAGUGCCAUCCAUUGCUUGACAGUGCCAUCCAUGGCUUAACAGUGCCACCCAUAGCUUGACAGUGCCAUCCCUGGUUUGAGAGUGCUAUGCAUGGCUUGACAGUGCCAUCCAGGGCUUGACAGAGCCACCCAUGGAUUGACAAUGACACCCAUGGCUUGACAGUGCCAUCCAUGGCUUGACAGUGCCACCCAUGGCUUGACAGUGCCACCCAUGACUUGACAGUCUCACCCAUGGCUUGACAGUGCCACCCAUGGCUUGACAGUGACACCCAUGGCUUGACAGUGCCACCCAUGACUUGACAGUGCCAUCCAUGGCUUGACAGUACCACACAUGGCUUGAAAGUACCACCCGUGGCUUGACAGUGCCACCCAUGGCUUGAGGGACAGUGUCCUCCAUGGCUUGACAGUGCCACCCAUGGCUUGACAGUGCCAUCCAUGGCUUGACAGUGCCACCCAUGGCUUGACUGUGCCAUCCAUGGCUUGCCAGUGCCACCCAUGGCUUGAAAAGGUACCCACCCAUAGCUUGCCAGUGCCAUCCAUGGCUUGACAGUUCCACCCAUGGCUUGAGUGACAGUGCCACCCAUGGCUUGACAGUGCCAUCCAUGGCUUGAGUGACAGUGCCACCCAUGGCUUGACAGUGCCACCCAUGGCUUGACAGUGCCAUCCAUGGCUUGACAGUGCCACCCAUUGCUUGACAGUGCCACCCAUGGCCUGCCAGUGGCAUCCAUGGCUUGACAGUGCCACCCGUGGCUUGACAUCGCCAUCCAUGUCUUGACAGUGCCAUGCAUGGCUUGACAGUGCCAUCCAUGGCUUGACAGUGCCAUGCAUGGCUUGACAGUGCCACCCAUGGCUUGACAGUACCACCCAUUGCUUGACAGUGCCACCCAUGGCUUGAGGGACAGUGCCAUCCAUGGCUUGAUAGUGCCAUCCAUGGCUUGACAGUGCCACCCAUGGCUUGACAGUACCAUCCAUUGCUUGACAGUGCCACCUAUGGCUUGCCAGUGCCAUCCAUGGCUUGACAGUGCCACCCGUUGCUUGACAGUGCCAUCUAUGGCUUGACAGUGCCAUCCAUGCCUUGACUGACGGUGCCAUCCAUGGCUUGACAGUGCCACCCAUGGCUUGACAGUGCCAUCCAUGGCUUGACAGUGCCACCCAUGGCUUGACAGUGCCACCCAUGGCUUGCCAGUGCCAUCCAUGGCUUGACAGUGCCACCCAUGGCUUGACAGUGCCAUCCAUGGCUUGACAGUGCCAUCCAUGGCUUGAGUGACGGUGCCAUCCAUGGCUUGACAGUGCCACCCAUGGCUUGACAGUGCCAUCCAUGGCUUGACAGUGCCACCCAUGGCUUGACAGUGCCACCCAUGAUUUGACAGUGCCACCCAUUGCUUGACAUGUACAUAGUGAUGGGGUGGGCGGCGUGUAUAAAUUUGUUGUUAAAACAAGCUGUUUUUUUUUAACUUAAAUAAAUUUAUGCAAUUUUUGAAUGUCAUUAUUUUAUGCUUGCUAAUAUGUUUAUGUGCAGAGUGGUGAGUCUAAAACUAGGUGGGGUGCCGCGCUAUAUAGGAUCACUGUAGAUUCAUGAUAAUAUCAAGUCUCAAGUAAGAGUAGUAGGUAUUACUAACAGUGCUUUUUAUGUUAAAAAAAUAAAUGGUGCCGAAAUAACAUCCUGUUAUUCUUUAACGGGACAUCCAUAAUGAUGUCAAGCAGACAUCCAUAAUGAUAUCAAGCAGCCAUCCAUAAUGAUGUCAAACAGCAAUCCAUAAUGAUGUCAAGAAGUCAUACAUAAUGAUGUCAAACAGCCAUCCAUAAUGAUGUCAAGAAGUCAUCCAUAAUGAUGUCAAGCAGCCAUCCAUAAUGAUGUCAAGCAGUCAUACAUACUGAUGUCAAGCAGUCAUACAUAAUGAUGUCAAACAGCCAUCAAUAAUGAUGUCAAGCAGUCAUCCAUAAUGAUGUCAAGCAGUCAUCCAUAAUGAUGUCAAACAGCCAUCAUAAUGAUGUCAAGCAGUCAUCCAUAAUGAUUUCAAUGUGCUAAUGUGACACAUCAACGUUGUACCCUUCGGAACUCCCCCUAUCCAACUCUCCCCUACCCAACUCGCUUCUACCUAACUCUUCCCUAUUCAACUCUUCCCUACCCAACUCUCCCUACCCAACUCUCCCUACCCAACUCUCCCCUACCCAACUCUCCCUACCCAACUCUCCCUACCCAAUUUUCUCCUACCCAGCUCAUCCUAUCCAACUUUAUCCUAACAAACUCUCCCUACCCAACUUUAUCAUACCCAACUCUCCCUACCCAAAUUUCUCCUAACCAACUCUCCCUACCCAACUUUUUCCUACCCAACUAUCCCUACCAUACUUUCUCCUAACAAACUCUCCCUAUCCAACUCUCCCCUACCCAACUCUAUCCUACCCAACUUUAACCCAACUCACCCCUACCCAGCUGUCCUACCAAACUCCCUACCUACCUCUCCACAACCCAAUUCUCCACUAUCCAACUCUUCCCUAUCCAACUCUCCGCUACCUAUCUAACUUUCCCCUACCCAACUCUCCCCAAAAAACGCUCCACUACCCAACUGUCUUCUCCCCAUUAAUGUUGCUAUGACCUUCUUUAUACUGUUUAGCUGUCAAUUUAUACUUUCUUAGCUGUACAUUAAUGUGAUCAUUUCCUCCUUUAAACUUUCAUAGCUGUUCAUUAAUGUGGCCAUGGCCUCCUUUAUACUUUCCUAACUGUAAAUUAAUGUUGUCAUUGCCUCCUUUAUACUUUCUUAGCUGUCCAUUAAUGCUGUCAUUGCCUCCUUUAUACUUUCCUAGCUGUCCAUUACUGUGGCCAUGGCCUCCUUUAUACUUUCAUAGCUGACCAUUAAUGUUGUCAUGGUCUCCUUUAUACUUUCCUAGCUGUCCAUUAAUGUUGUCAUGGACUACUUUAUACGUUCCCAGCUGUACAUUAAUGUGGUCAUUGCCGUCUUUAUACUUUCCUAACUGUCCAUUUAUGUGGCCAUGGCCUUCAAUAUACUGUUUAGCUGUCCAUUAAUGUUGCCAUGGCCUUCUUUAUUCCUGCUUAGCUUUCCAUUAAUGUUGUCAUAGUCUACUCUUUACUUUCCUAGCUGUACAUUAAUGUGGCAAAGAACUUUUUUUAUACUCUCCUAGGUGUCCAUUUAUGUUGCCAAGUACGGUACUUCUUUAUACUUACUUAGCUGUCCAUUAAUGUGGUCACAUAACCCUUAAAAAACUGCAGUUCCUAAAAACCACGGGCCCUUACAAAAUUGGGGUCUUGAAAGUCUCAUAACCGUUACAAGACUGGGGACCCUAAACAUCACAUAACACGCAGUGAGCGCCACUGAAAGUCACGUAACCUUUAAAAAGCUGGGGCCCCUGAAAUCAAAACCCUUAAUAAGCUGCGUUCCCUAAAAGCCACGGGCCCUUACAAAAUUGAGGCCCCUGAAAGUCUCAUAACCGUUACAAAGUUGGAGCCCUUGAAAUUCAACUUUACAAAGCUGGGGCCCCAAAAGUCACAGAUCCCUUAUUAAGCUGGGGGCCCUGAAAGUCACAGACCCCGUAUCAAGCUGGGGCCAUAAAGUCAUAUAACCCUUUCAAAGCGGGGGCCGCUAAAAGUCACAAGACCCUUACAAAUAUUGGACCUCUGAAAAUCACAAGACCCUUACAAAGCUAGGGGCCCUGAAAUCUCAACACUUACAAAGUGGGCGCCCCUGAAAGUCUUGAAGCCCUUAGAAAGCUGUGGCCCCAGAAAGUCACAAGAGUCUUACAAACAUGGGCGCCCGCGGAACACUUUCUAGGGGGGGGGGGGACAAAAAAAUCUGAUAACUUUCCAGGGGGGGGGGCAAAAAUUUUUUAGUAAUGUUUUAAUGUAGUUCUAAUUUACUGUAGCGUAUUUGUAUGGUGAACGAACGGACAGGGCAUCAGCUUAGUUACUUACUCUUUAUUUUCUCUUUACUUUAAUACAUUUUUUGUCUAUUUUUGUCUAAAUUUUUUUUAUCCAAUCAAUCCGGGGUGGGGAGGGCAAGUUCCCCCACUUGCCCCCCCCCCUCUGCGGGCGCCCAUGCUUACAAAUAUGGUAACCUGAACGUCUCAAGACUGUUACAAAGCUGCGGCCCCUGAAAGUCACAGGGCUCGAACAAAAACAUUCAAACUAAAUAUUUAAUAAAAUAGAAUAUAUAACCUGUUAUUAUGGGGAUAAAAUGUUAAGUCUUUGCAAUAACUUCUACCUCCUAUUGCAAAAACUCAUCACAAUUCCUAACUUUAAAAAGAGGUAUCUAUGUAAUGAUAUUUACGUUUCUAACAUGAUUUAGUUGUGAGCAAGAUUUAUCUGCUCCUUUCACGCCCCAAGACUACUUUUUUUACCUUAUUACCUUUAAAUUACCCCAUCUAAAUUAUCACUAAUUAUACCGCGUUUUUCACUAAAGAAGUUAAUUAAAGGACGAUUUCUACGCUAGAGAAAUACUUUUGAUUUUUCCCGUUUUCGUGCCCUUGAACAAGAACAUUUUUUUUUCUUAAAAUUGUGAAAAAAUAAACUUAAAUUUACAAACAAAAAAUUUAUAUAUGAUAAAAAUAUAUUUUAUAUUAAAAGAAUUUGAGAUAUUGAUAUCGUCGUCGAGAUUAUAAACACACUUUUGCUUUGUCACUUUAACUAUACAUUAUCAGAAAAUCGUUAAAAAAAAUAAAUCCUUUUUCUAAAGAAAAAUCUCGCAACCGUUUAUACGUCUAUAACAGACUUGAGUGUCUUUAUAUAAAUAGAUAUUUAUAUUUUUAAAUUGUUAAUCUUAUAAAAAUACACACUCACUUUACUUUUCGCAAAGAAAAAAACAAAAAUAUAUUUUAAUUUUUUUAAAGGAAAGAUUAACCCAUCUCCAUUUAUCAAAAUUAAUGUUUCAAAUGGGUAAAAUGAUUGGGUUUUGAUAUUCAUGGGUAUAUUUCUAUCAAUGUACCCGCGUUUUGUUAACGCCAUUGGUAAACAUGUGUUUCUUUGUAAAAAGAUGUACACAUCCUUAUUCCUACCACCGAAAUGUAUGUACCCAAGAAGGUUGAUUUUUUUAUCAAAUUCAUUCCUUUAUUUUGAGACGUAUCUUGUGAUGUCUUGGGAAAAAAAUGACCGACCUCUCAACCACACCCCCCCCCACCCCACUUCACCCCAAUUUAAAUAAAAUUAAUAAAAUCUUCGUCCGGGUUGUAGUCCCUUCCAUACCGAAACAACGAUAUUUUGCACUUCAUAUCGUGUGUUCUUAUUUGGAUGAGUUAUAAGUUGAUUGAUGAGUGCUAUUUGGCUAUGGAGUUUCACUGCACUGAUUGACUUAAACGGCAUUUUCUUAUUAGAAGAAAAUUUAAAGGUUAAGUUUUUAUUAUGUUAUAAAUUUAAUAAAAGUAUAUUUUUGGAAUUUAAAAAAAGUAAAAAAAAAUGUAAAUGUGUUAAAUACAAAGCUAUAUUUUUUUGUGUAUUUUAAAAAAAAAAAAAGAAUUUAAAAAGCAAUCAAUUAUAUUUAUUAAUUUUUCUUUUAAGAAGGGGAAAAUACAUUAUCAGUAAGGCGCGGUUAUUAAAUCAAAGAAACGUAAUAGUUUUGGCAAACAUAGGCGAUUCGCGCUAUGACAUCAUUUGCGCGUUUUUUUAGAACAAAUUAUUUUUAAUUUUAUUUCGCAAUAUGAACAACGCACUAAAAGCAACUGAUGCUUGGGUUUCCCCGAUAAAUGAGAUUACGAUGUAAUUCGUACGUCAUAGUUUUGCUAUUAAUUAAUUUUUCAUAACUUUUAAUUUCGGAUAAAAUGUUUAAAAUAUUUCCUUAGUUGUUACUUUAAAUGUAGUUGUAAUUUAUAAUAAUAAUACAUCAACUUUUACUAACAUAAAAGCGUAUUGAUGUUGGUUUUACCCAUUUAAAUUUUUUCGAUUUACGUAAAAUAAUAGAAAUAAAAUAUGAAUUUUUUUAAGAAUCCGAACAUCUUUUCCGUUCCUUGGCAUUACGUUCAGCAUAGCUCAUUCUUAUAUAUAACAACGAUUGACAUUUAGAUUUUAAACUAUAUUUUUGUACAACUUAUUUUAGUGGCAUUUUUUUAUACUUUAGACAUUUAUUCACUCUUCAGACAUUCAAUUGACUUCAGACAUUCAAUUGACUUCAGAAAUUCAAUUGACUUGAGUCAUUCAAGAUGGAGCAAGAUGUGCCAGAAUUCCGGAAGAUUGUCGUAAGUAAAACUAUAUUGAAAUCGAUUAUUUUGGAAAGGGUUCUUAACCAGGGGUUCUCCUACCUAAUUGGGGUGUGAGAGGCUGUUUCGGAUGGUGCGGAAGAUCGAGAAAAUCAUGUUUACUUGCAUUUUUAGGAACAUUCUAUAUCGGCUGCGGAAAAUAAGUUUAGAAAUCCAUAGAAGGAUUGCGGGCCUUUUAAAAAAGAUCAAUAAAAACCUGCCAAUGUUCAAAGUUCUACAUGAAUUUAAUAAAGAAGAGAAACCCUUCCUGGCACACAUCUGUAUCUUUCUGUAUCUUUUGUCUAUUGUGAGGAGCUUUACUGUUAGAGGAGAUUUAAGAUGGGGCAACUUAACUGGCGAAUUUAAAUGUUUAUAAUGAUAUUCUACCGAUAAAAACAUGAAUCGUAAGAGAUCGUAUGACAAGAUGACAUGAACAGUAAGGCAUUGUAUGACAAGAUGACAUGAAAAGUAAGGCAUUGUAUGACAAGAUGACAUGAACAGUAAGGCAUCGUAUGACAAGAUGACAUGAAAAGUAAGGCAUUGUAUGACAAGAUGACAUGAACAGUAAGGCAUUGUAUGACAAGAUGACAUGAAAAGUAAGGCAUUGUAUGACAAGAUGACAUGAACAGUAAGGCAUUGUAUGACAAGAUGACAUGAAAAGUAAGGCAUUGUAUGACAAGAUGACAUGAACAGUAAGGCAUUGUAUGACAAGAUGACAUGAACAGUAAGGCAUUGUAUGACAAGAUGACAUGAACAGUAAGAGAUCGUAUGGAAAGAUGACAUGAACAGUAAGGGUUCGUAUGACAUGAUGUCAUGAACAUAAGAGAUUCAUGUCAAGAUGACACGAACAGUAAGACAUUUUAUGACAAGAUGACGUGAACAGUAAGAGAUUGCAUGACAAGAUGACAUGAACAGUAAGACAUCGUAUGACAAAAUGACAUGAACAGUAAGAAAUUGUAUGACAAGAUGAAAUGAACAGUAAGAGAUUGUAUGACAAGAUGCCAUGAACAGUACGAGAUUGUAUAACAAGAUGACAGAAACAGUAAGAGAUCUUAUGACAAGAUGACAUUAACACACUGAGGCAAGGCUGACCACAGGAACAGACAGAGACUAGGCUAACCAUAGGAACACACUAAGACAAGGCUCACCACAGGAACACACGGAGACAAGUCUGACCACAGAAGCACAUUGAGACAAGGCUAACCAAAGGAACACACUGAGACAAGGAUGACCAUAGGAACACACUGAGACAAGGCUUACCAUAGGAACGCACUGAGACAAGGAUGACCAUAGGAACAAACUGAGACGAGGCUGACCAUAGGAACACACUGAGACAAGGCUGACCACAGGAACAAACUAAGACUAGGCUGACCAUAGGAACACACUGAGACAAGGCUGACCACAGGAACACACUAAGAUAGUUCAGAUCACAGGGCAGAAUUAGCAUUGAUCGUCAUGUGACCUAAACAAUAAAUAACUAUAAAUACUUAAGUAUAUUAAUUAUAUAUCUCUUUACACUGCUGUUGAUGCUAAUUAUAGUUUCUUGUUUUUCGCGUCCACGCACGCGUGCAGGAGGAGGUCUUGGAGGAGAUGGCAAUCGCCAAAAAGAAUCCACCGGUAAGUUGAACAUGUUUUACAAUUUUUUACCGCGAUAAGUUUAAAAUGUUUUACAAUUAUUACCCCGGUAAGUUGAACAUGUUUUACAAGUAUUAUUCCGGUAAGUUGAACCUUUUACAAUUAUUACCCCGGUAAGUUGAACAUGCUUUACAAUUAUUACCACGGUAAGUUGAACAUGCUUUACAAUUAUUACCCUGAUAAGUUGAACAUGUUUAACAAGUAUUAUUCCUUUAAGUUGAACAUUUUUUACAAGUAUUAUUCUGAUAAGUUGAACAUGUUUUACAAUUAUUACCCUGGUAAGUUGAACAUGUUUUACAAGUAUUAUUCUGGUAAGUUGAACAUGUCAAACAUACAAAGUCAUACAUACAAAGUCAGACAUACAAAGUCAAACAUACAAAGUCAAACAUACAAAGUCAGACAUACAAAGUCAGACAUACAAAGUCAAACUACAAAGUCAGACAUACAAAGUCAAACAUACAAAGUCAAACAUACCAAGUCAGACAUACAAAGUCAAACUACAAAGUCAAACAUACAAAAUCAAAGCUAUACAAAAGUCAAAGCCAUGCAAAAGACAAAGCCAUACUACGUCAAAGUCAUUCUCAGCCAAAGUCACACUAAGUCAAAAUCAUUGCUUCUAUGAAUACAUGGAAAGGUUUCUGUGAUGCAAUCCAAUACUAAAUCUGCUUAUUUGUUCAAUUCUAUUAAGAGCAACACACAGGUUUGCCUUCUUACAAUGUCAUAUCAGAAAUACAUCAACAUAAUGUGUUAAAUGUAUUCAAUUACUGAUUUACUUAUGUACCUAUAUUUAAAUUAAUGAUAUCAUAAUCAUAACAAUGUUCGGUGGUCAUAAAUGACAAAACAUUCUAUCACUUCAUUGAUAUGAACUAACCCUUUGCUAUGAGAGCUCUCAGUUGUUUGGCCCACCCUCCUGUAAAUGUGUGAAUACGCUGAUCCAAUGAUUUGUGAGCUCGAGGGCAGAUCUAGUUAUUAUACUCUUUAAUAUGGUUGUUCUGUCCAUUUGUUUGUUUGUUUGUGCUGGAAAUUUGCAUCUACAUUUUUGGCACAUUUCCAGAAGUCUAAUUAACCAGAAACUUAGUUCAUUUAUUCCUCCCGAUAUUUCCUGAAGUCCAAUUGACCAGAAACUUAGUUCAUUUAUUCCUCCCGAUAUUUCCUGAAGUCCAAUUGACCAGAAACUUAGUUCAUUUAUUCCUCCCGAUAUUUCCUGAGGUCCAAUUGACCAGAAACUUAGUUCAUUUAUUCCUCCCGAUAUUUCCUGAAGUCCAAUUGACCAGAAACUUAGUUCAUUUAUUCCUCCCGAUAUUUCCUGAAGUCCAAUUGACCAGAAACUUAGUUCAUUUAUUCCUCCCGAUAUUUCCUGAAGUCCAAUUGACUAGAAACUUUGUUCAUUUAUUCAUCCCGAUAUUUCCUGAAGUCCAAUUGACCAGAAACUUAGUACAUUUAUUCCCGCUAAAAAACCAACAAUUUUUCCUAUUUUUAAAGAGACAGAAGAAGGAAAUAUUAUGGCACCGAUUUCGUGAAACAGAAUUCACGAUAACUUCCCUAAAUGAGAUUAUUUUUUUUUUUUAAAUAUCUCUUGUGUGUUUGGUGCGUACUAUUUUCUUGUGUUCUUCUGAAAUCGUUCUUGAAAUAAAUCUGUUGUAUAAAUGCGGGUGGGGCAGUAGAAGAUUAAUAAAGUUCAGGAGCAGGGAAAAAAAUGUUUGGUUGCGAGCCUCUUGUGGGGGGUGGGGACGUCCCACUAAUGGGAUUCUUAAAAAUUGCGUUACUUGUUUUCUGACCCAUCCCCCAACCCCACCGCCCCCCCACCUUUUUUCUCAAUGUAUCAUCCCCCCCCACCGUUGUUUCUCAAUGUAUCAUCCCCCCCAACUCCCCCCCCCCUCCAUUAGGGGACGUCUCACUAAUGGGAUUCUUAAUAAUUGCGUUACUUGUUUUCUGACCCAUCCCCCAACCCCACCGCCCCCCCACCUUUUUUCUCAAUGUAUCAUCCCCCCCCACCUUUGUUUCUCAAUGUAUCAUCCCCCCCAACUCCCCCCCCCCUCCAUUCUGCUGCUCGUCUGUUUGAAAUUUUAUUAAAACAAAAAAUCAUAUAAAUCACAAUAUGUGCACCAGCUGCUUCAGUAAAUGCACAGUGUCUAAGCAUAUCUAGAAGGAAAGACUAAAUAUAAGCUCUUUGGACCUGUCUUAUCUUAAGUCAGCCAGUGAAAGGAAAGACUAAGCUAUGAACUCGUUGGACCUGUCUUAUCAGUAAUCACCCAGUGAAAGAAAAGACUAAAAUAUGAGCUCUUAGGACCUGUCUUAUCUUGAGACAGCCACUGAAGGGAAAGACUAGACUAUGAACUCUUAGGAUCUGGCUGCCCUUAAUACAGCCAAUGAAAGGAAAGACUCAACUAUUCACUCUUAGGACCUGGCUGCCCUUGAAACAGCCAGUGAAAGGAAAGACUAAACUAUGAAUUCUUAGUAGUAGGACACGAUGUGGGAGUUAGGAUGAUGGGAGUAGGACAAAAUGUGGGAGUUAGGGUGAGUGGAGUAGGACACGACGUGGGAGUUAGGGUGAGAGGAGUAGGAUGUGAUGUGGGAGUUAGGGUGAUGGGAGUAGGACACGAUGUGGGAGUUAGGGUGAGAGGAGUAGGAUGUGAUGUGGGAGUUAGGGUGAGAGGAGUAGGAUGCGAUGUGGGAGUUAAGGUGAGAGGAGUAGGAUGUGAUGUGGGAGUUAGGGUGAGAGGAGUAGAACACGAUGUGGGAGUUAGGGUGAGAGGAGUAGAACACGAUGUGGGAGUUAGGUUGAGAGGAGUAGAACACGAUGUGGGAGUUAGGGUGAUGGGAGUAGGACACGAUGUGGGAGUUAGGGUGAUGGGAGUAGGACACGAUGUGGGAGUUAGGGUGAUGAGAGUAGGACACGAAGUGGGAUUUAGGGUGAGAGGAGUAGGACACGAUGUGGGAGUUAGGGUGAUGGGAGUAGAACACGAUGUGGGAGUUAGGGGGAGAGGAGUAGAACACGAUGUGGGAGUUAGGGUGAGAGGAGUAGGACACGAUGUGGGAGUUAGGGUGAGAGGAGUAGAACACGAUGUGGGAGUUAGGGUGAGAGGAGUAGAACACGAUGUGGGAGUUAAAGUUUACCCGAGAAAAUUCAAGAACCAAACAACUAGUAGAAUUUAUAUUGCAUGACAUUUUAUCAGAACCAACUAGUACAAUUCAUACGACAUGAUAUUUAGUCCCAACCAACUGGUAGAAUUCAUAUGACAUGACAUUUAAUCACAACUAUCCAGAGAUGUCAAGUGGUUUUUGGAGGCUUCAUGACACUUUGAGUUUUUAAAAUUAAAAUAAAAAAAAAAAUAAAUGGUUCAGCUUAUUCAAUUUAACAGAAAUAGAUUUAUUUCACCUCACUCCCCCCCCCCCCCAUUUAAAAUAAAAAAAAAAAAAAAAAAUAAAGGUUUCAGCUUUUUAAAUUAAAAAAAAAAGGUUUAUUUUCCCCCCCCCCCCCCCCCCCGACUCCGACUGCCUUCAGGGAUACUGGGCCGACGAGACAGCUCAGCAUCGAUAUCAGUUCUAAGACCCGUAGCUAAUACUUGUUUUUAGAUCCCGACCAGACAACAUAGUUUGCCAAUAGACAGACAGAAAUAAAGCAAAAUGCAUAAACACUAACAUACUUAGACCAAACAUUGACAACACAUUGUGGAAACUACAGCGACAACACCGGCAUCUAAUGACUCAGAUGCGGACGGACCGAAUCGCCGUACGAUCCUAAAAUAAGUGGCGAGAGAGAAUCAUAGACCAAACAUGUCGGCAUCGCUUGCUAGUCCCAGAAACUUUAGAGCCCAACUUAAUAACACACUAGACCACCAUAAUAAUGUACUAAGCCACACCAUUAUACCACACUAAACACCACAAUAGCACACUCGACUCUACCAUAACACACUCUGCCACACCAUGAAAUACACUAGAACACACCAUCAUAACAAACUAGACCAAACCAUAUUAACACACUAGACCACAACAUAAUAACAAACUUGGCCAAACCAUAAUAACAAACUUGGCCAAACCAUAAUAACAAACUUGGCCAAACCAUAAUAACAAACUUGGCCAAACCAUAAUAACACACUAUACCUCAACAUAACUCUCAUCAUAGCCCCCUUAACACCUCUCUAAAUAAACUAAUUAAUUUCCUCGGUUCAUCACUGCUCUCAUAGCCCCAUUACCUUCCCUGGGUUCAUCACUGCUCUCAUAGCCCCUUACCUUCCCCGAGUUCAACACUGCUCUCAUGUUUAUUGUGUUGUCAGUUGAUUUCACUGACAGUGCUCCCUCUAUAGUACUCCUUAAAAGGUAUCUUUCAAUUAAGUCAUCUUGACGCAAAAUAGAAACGGUUUAGUUUUUGCCAUUAUUGCUAGAUAAGAUUUCCAACGUACCUUUAGAUUGUUUGGAUAUAUUUAGCCAAUGGGAUUAGGGUUAGAGUUAGGGUUAGGGUUUGCCAAUGGGAUUACUUUAGUUCUAAAAAAUAACCAGAGAUCUGAUACCAUAAAAUAACAUUAAAUAUUAGUGCAAAUUUUUAAAAAAAAAUUAUUUUAAAAAAAAAAUAUAUAUAUGCAUAUAAUAUAAAAACACACAAGAAGAUUUCUUACACAGCUUCCAGGACAACAUAUGUCAACUGUCCUAUUUAAGGCAACCAAUGUUUCGUAUCUCUUUGGAAACUUCAACUCUUCCUAUCCUGCAUUUCAGGAUGUACUUCAUCAACUUCAUCUUUAGAGUUGGACACAGUCAGCUGGUCAAGGACGAAUGUGUUUAAGACAAACCGUGUCCAUGAGGAUCAGCAGCUUACAAAGUUGUCCAAUCAAAGUUGUCCAACCAAAGUUGACCAAUCAAAGUCUGAUUUUAUCAAAACUCUAUUCCAUUAAGUACUCAAACCAGGAAUCUAACAUCUCUCUGAAGUAACCUGACAAAGCAAACUAAACCAAAAAAAAAAUAAUAAUAAUAAGUCAGUGGAAUCUACGUGAAGUAAUGAGCAUUUCGUAUUACUUACUCUGAAAGUAAUGGAAGUUACAAUAGAAGUAGAGAGCAAAGGAAGCUAGAAAUAAAAAAAAUAAUUGAAAAGGGAACUAACGAAUAAUUACAUCGUAAACAGCACAAUCCAUCAAGGUAACUCACAAUCCAUCAAGGUAACGCCACAAUCCAUCAAGGUAACGCCACAAUCCAUCAAGGUGACGUCACAAUCCAUCAAGGUAACGUCACAAGCCAUCAAGGUAACGUCACAAUCCAUCAAGGUCACGCCACAGUACAUCAAGGCAGAUUUCAAAGCUAUCAAAACACAAUCAUAUAUCAAGGUGACGCCACAAUCCUAUAUCAAGGUGACAUCAAGACUCAAUCAGACGCGUAACCAUGAAGGCUGAGGACUCCACAUCCAGCUUUGAUGUCCCUGACGCUAACUUCGCACCUGACGCCGAAUUAUUACCUGACGCCAACAUCGUACCUGACGUCACCAUCGCUUUACAAGAGGUUAUUAUUUAUUAACUUUGAAAUAAAUUUACAACUCUAAAAAAGGUCAUAGCCUACACCCUUGCUUGGGUUAGGGUUAAGGUCAAUGAUAGAGGGGCAAGGUCACUCUCUACAUCCUUGGUUUACAACCUUUAUCACUUUCUCAUCAUAUGCACACAAUGUGAUUAUCCAAUAGUCAUAUGCACUCAAUGUUAUUAUCCAAUAGUCAUAUGCACUCAAUGUGAUUAUCCAAUAGUCAUAUGCACUCAAUGUGAUUAUCCAAUCGUCAUGCAGACAACGUGAUUAUCCAAUAGUCAUAUGCUCUCAAUGUGAUUAUCCAAUAGUCAUAUGCACACAAUGUGAUUAUCCAAUAGUCAUAUGCACACAACGUGAUUAUACAAUAGUCAUAUGCACACAAUGUGAUUAUCCAAUAGUCAUAUGCAUACAAUGUGAUUAUCCAAUAGUCAUAUACACACAAUGUGAUUAUCCAAUAGUCAUAUGCACACACUGUGAUUAUCCAAUAGUCAUAUGCAUACAAUGUGAUUAUCCAAUAGUCAUAUGCACUAAAUGUGAUUAUCCAAUAGUCAUAUGCACUCAAUGGGAUUAUCCAAUAGUCAUAUGCACACAAUGUGAUUAUACAAUAGUCAGAUGCACACAAUAUGAUUAUCCAAUAGUUUUAUGCACUCAAUGUGAUUAUACAAUAGUCAUAUGAACACAAUGUGAUUCCCAAAACGUCCAAUGCACACAAUGGGAGUUUACAUUAGCAAUAUGCAUAGAAUGCGUUUCUCAAAAGCGCUGUGCACAUAAUGUGAUUAUCCAAUAGUCAUACGCACACAGUUUGAUCCUCCAAAAGUCGUAUGCACACAAAGAGUGCUAACGCUCAAAUAUUAAGACGUAAGAACUAUGAAAAGCAAAUAAAUCAUGACUUUUCUGAUUUGUAACAAUAGUCACAUUGAGACAUGACUGUAUUGAUUUGUACUCAUGGUAGAGUUUGAAUAAUGACUGCACUGAUUUGUACCCAUGGUAUAAAUUGAAUCAUGACUGUACCGAUUUGUUCCCAGUCCGAGACGAGCGCUAGUGCCACGAUUAAUAUGGAUUAUUCUUAAAUGUGCAUACAGUGUGACACAUAGAUGCUGGCAUAGAAGCUGGCAUAGAAGCCGGCAUAGAAGCUGGCAUAGAAGCUGGCAUAGAUCCUGGCAUAGAAGCUGGCAUAGAUCCUGGCAUAGAACCUGGCAUAGAACCUGGCAUAGAAGCUGGCAUAGAAGCUGGCAUAGAAGCUGGCAUAGAAGCUGGCAUAGAAGCUGGCAUACAAUCUGGCAUAGAACUUGGCAUCGAAGCUGGCAUAGAACCUGGCAUAGAGCUUGGCAUAGAACCUGGCAUAGAUGCUGGCAUAGACGCUUGGCAUAGAAGCUGGCAUACAAUCUGGCAUAGAACUUGGCAUAGAAGCUGGCAUAGAUGUUGACAUACAAGCUUGCAUAGAAGCUGUCAUAGAUGCUGGCACAGAAGCUGGCAUAGGAGCUGGCAGAGGGGUUUGAACAGAAGCUGGCAUAGGGGCUGGCACAGAAGCUGGCAUAGGAGGUGGCACAGGGGCUGGAACAGAAGGUGGCAUAGGAACUGGCAUAGAAAAUGACAUAGAUGCUGGCAUAGGAGCUGGUAUGGGAGCUGGCAUAGACACACGGGCCAUGAAAGUAAUCAAUCAUGGGAACUAGGGUCGGAAGAUAAACAAAAUAUUGAUUCACAAACUAAAUCGUUCUGAGUUUUCUGAUGCGCAAAAUGUCCUAAAUGUUUCAAUUUUAUACCAGAUGUAUACUCUGCAUUCCAACAUAUUACUGGUACCGUUGUCUUACUUCAAUACACACACAGCCAUUCUUGGUCCACACUUCACAACACACAGCCAUACUUUGUCUACACUUAUCUACACACAGCCAUACUUGGUUCUUACUUCACAACACACACAGCCAUUGGGUCCACACUUCACAACACACACAGCCAUACUUGGUCCACACUUCACAACAUACACAGCCAUUAGGUUUACACUUCACAACACACACAGCCAUUAGGUUUACACUUUACAACAUACACAGCCAUUAGGUCCACGCAUCACAACACACACAGCCAUUAGGUCCGCACUUCACAACAUACACAGCCAUUAGGUCCACACAUCACAACACACACAGCCAUUAGAUCCGCACUUCACAACACACACAGCCAUUAGGUCCACACUUUACAACAUACACAGCCAUUAGGUCCACACAUCACAACACACACAACCAUUAGAUCCGCACUUCACAACACACACAGCCAUUCGGUCCACACUUCACAACACACACAGCCAUUAGGUUCACACUUCACAACACACACAGCCAUACUUGCUCCACACUUUACAACACACACAGCCAUUAGGUUCACACUUAACAACACACACAGUCAUACUUGCUCCACAUUUCACAACACACACAGCCAUUAGGUCCACACUUUAUAAUACACAAGCCAUUAGGUACACACUUCACAACACACACAGCCAUUAGGUCAACACUUCACAACACACAGAGCCAUUAGGUCCACACUUAACGAUGCACACAGCCAUACUUUCUCCACACUUUACAACACACACAGCCAUUAGGACCUAACUUCACAACACAAACAGCCAUUAGGUCCACACUUUACAACACACACAGCCAUUAGGACCUAACUUCACAACACACACAGCCAUUAGGACCUAACUUCACAACACACACAGCCAUUAGGACCUAACUUCACAACACACACAGCCAUUAGGACCUAACUUCACAACACACACAGCCAUUAGGCCCUAACUUCACAACACAUACAGCCAUUAGGACCUAACUUCACAACACACUAUCCUAACAGUUGGACAGAGUAGUAAUUAUUCUGAUAGUUGGACACCAAUUAAAGCAGUCUCCAAAUACAAUUUUUUUAUACAUAAAUAUUCCUGAUAAAUUUUUUAAAUCAACUGAAACUGUAACAUAUGUUUGAUAUCAUCUAAAACUGUAAAAUAUGUGUGAUAUCAAUUGAGACUGUAACAUCCAUUAAAUAUUGCUGUGAACAUGUAAUGUUAUUUCAAGGAUAAAGACACUAUAGAAUUUUACUGUGUUUGACAGACACAGAUAGAAGUGGUCGAUACUGUCUCAACAUCAAGCAACCAAGAGUUCCAGAUAAGUGAGCUACUCUCUCUGCUUAGAGAUGAACUCUUGGAGUUGAAAGAAAAGUUCAGGAAAAUUGUAAGUUACAUGUGUAUUCUGUUCGUUACAUGUGUAUUCUGUUCGUUAAAUGUGUUUUCUGUUCGUUACAUGUGUAUUCUGUUCGUUACAUGUGUAUUCUGUUCGUUACAUGUGUAUUCUGUUCGUUACAUGUGUAUUCUGUUCGUUACAUGCGUAUUCUGUUCGUUACAUGCGUAUUCUGUUCGUUACAUGCUUAUUAUGUUCGUUACAUGCUUAUUAUGUUCGUUACAUGCUUAUUCUGUUCGUUACAUGUGUAUUCUAUUCGUUACAUGCGAAUUCUGUUCGUUACAUGCGUAUUCCGUUCGUUACAUGCGUAUUAUGUUCGUUACAUGCGUAUUCCGUUCGUUACAUGCGUAUUAUGUUCGUUACAUGCGUAUUAUGUUCGUUACAUGCGUAUUAUGUUCGUUACAUGCGUAUUAUGUUAGUUACAUGUUUAUUCUGUUCGUUACAUACGUAUUAUGUUCGUUACAUGCGUAUUCUGUUCGUUACAUCCUUAUUAUGUUCGUUACAUGCGUAUUCUGUUCGUUACAUGCGUAUUCCGUUCGUUACAUGCGUAUUCUGUUCGUUACAUGCGUAUUAUGUUAGUUACAUGUUUAUUCUGUUCGUUACAUACGUAUUAUGUUCGUUACAUGCGUAUUCUGUUCGUUACAUGUGUAUUCUGUUCGUUACAUGUGUAUUCUGUUCGAUACAUGUGUAUUCUGUUCGUUACAUGUGUAUGCUGUUCGUUACAUGUGUAUGCUGUUCGUUAUAUGUGUAUUCUGCUCGUUACAUGUGUAUUCUGUUCGUUACAUGUUUAUUCUGUUCGACAGGAUGUUUAUAACUUACAUGAUAUAUGAUGUGAGAGCUUUCUGAAAAAUGUAUUAUUUCAUAUAUUCCUUGUAGUGUGUGGAGGACCUUGUAGUGUGUGCAGGACCUUGUAGUGUGUGCAUGACCUUGUAUUGUGUGCAUGACCUUGUAUUGUGUGCAUGACCUUUUAGUGUGCAUGACCUUGUUGUGUGUGCAUGACCUUGUAGUGUGUGCAUGACCUUGUAGUGUGUGCAUGACCUUGUAGUGUGUACAUGACCUUGUAUUGUGUACAUAACCUCGUAGUGUGUGCAUGACCUUGUAGUGUGUGUAUGACCUUGUAGUAUGUGCAUGACCUUGUCGUGUGUGCAUGACCUUGUAAUGUGUGCAUGACCUUGUUGUGUGUGCAUGGCCUUGUAGUGUGUGUAUGUCUGUGUAUAGUGUGCAUGUUCAUGUAGUGUGUACAUGUCCCUGUACUAUGUCUAUGUCGGGUGUGCAUGUCCCUAUUAAGUGUGUAUGUCUCUAUAGUAUGUGCAUGUCCUUAUAAUGUGUGUGCAUUUCUCUUUAGUGUGUGCAUAUCACUAUAGUGUAUGAAUGUCCCUAUAAUGUGUGCAUAUCCCUGUACUAUGUAGGAUGUGCAUGUACCUGUAGUGUGUGCAUGCCUCUGUGGUUAUUGUGCAUGUCCCAGAAGUGGGUCCAUGUCUCUGUAAUUUGUGCAUGCCUCUGUAGUUUGUGCAUGUCCCUGUAGUGUGUGCAAGUCCCUAGAGUAUGUGCAUGUUCCGGGAAUGUGUGUACAUGUCCAGGGAAUGUGAGUACAUGCCUACUGUGAUUAAGAUACGUCCACAGCUACGGGCCUGCUGUCAAGUAAGUAUCGGCUCACGAAUGUAGCUUGUCAUUGAGAGAAGGUCAUUCUUGAUCUCAUCAUCAUCAGCUGUUUGUCACACUGACACAACUCAUUCAUCAUCUUCUGUGUGUCACACAAACACAACUCAUUCAUCAUCAGCUGUCUGUCACACGACCACAACUCAUUCAUCAAUCAGCUGUUUGUCAAACUUACACAACUCAUUCAUCAUCAGCUGUCGGUCAUACUAACACAACUCAUUCAUCAUCAGCUGUCUGUCACACUAACACAACUCAUUCAUCAUCAGCUGUCGGUCACACUAACACAACUCAUUCAUCAUCAGCUGUCGGUCACACUAACACAACUCAUUCAUCAUCAGCUGUCGGUCACACUAACACAACUCAUUCAUUAUCAGCUGUCUGUCACACUAACACAACUCAUUCAUCAUCAGCUGUCGGUCACACUAACACAACUCAUUCAUCAUCAGCUGUCGGUCACACUAACACAACUCAUUCAUCAUCAGCUGUCGGUCACACUAACACAACUCAUUCAUCAUCAGCUGUCGGUCACACUAACACAACUCAUUCAUCAUCAGCUGUCGGUCACACUAACACAACUCAUUCAUCAUCAGCUGUCGGUCACACUAACACAACUCAUUCAUCAUCAGCUGUCGGUCACACUAACACAACUCAUUCAUCAUCAGCUGUCGGUCACACUAACACAACUCAUUCAUCAUCAGCUGUCGGUCACACUAACACAACUCAUUCAUCAUCAGCUGUCGGUCACACUAACACAACUCAUUCAUCAUCAGCUGUCGGUCACACUAACACAACUCAUUCAUCAUCAGCUGUCGGUCACACUAACACAACUCAUUCAUCAUCAGCUGUCGGUCACACUAACACAACUCAUUCAUCAUCAGCUGUCGGUCACACUAACACAACUCAUUCAUCAUCAGCUGUCGGUCACACUAACACAACUCAUUCAUCAUCAGCUGUCGGUCACACUAACACAACUCAUUCAUCAUCAGCUGUCGGUCACACUAACACAACUCAUUCAUCAUCAGCUGUCGGUCACACUAACACAACUCAUUCAUCAUCAGCUGUCGGUCACACUAACACAACUCAUUCAUCAUCAGCUGUCGGUCACACUAACACAACUCAUUCAUCAUCAGCUGUCGGUCACACUAACACAACUCAUUCAUCAUCAGCUGUCGGUCACACUAACACAACUCAUUCAUCAUCAGCUGUCAGUCACACUAACACAACUCAUUCAUCAUCAGCUGUCGGUCACACUAAAACAACUCAUUCAUCAUCAGCUCUCAGCUCUCAUAUUACUAUCUAUUUCUCCUAAAGGAAUCCACCCUCGGGGUGGAGAGAGUGACUUUGAAAGAUGUAGGUGAUAAGGUCAUGGUUAUUGUUGAGUCCAUAGCUGGGACGACAAUGAUACCUGUCCCACCUCUUACUGGGAUGACGUCAGUGGAACCUGGUACAAUCAACAUGAAGUCUCCGUCAGGUACUUGGUACAAAUCAAAUAAGUCAAGUAGACAGUUCUAGUGACUUCCCUUAAUUACACAUACUUUAAAGAAAUGUCAUAAUACAUGCCUUUCAUAUUACAUGCCUUUCAUAUUACAUGCCUUUCAUAUUACAUGCCUUUCAUAUUACAUGACUUUCAAAUUUUGUGACUCGCCUAAUGACUAGUCCAAAUACAACAACUCUUUUUGGAAAUAGUUGUCUAUGGCUUAAAAUCUAUGGCGUCAUGUCAUUUGUUUUGUGAAAUGAAAAGUACUUAUCAUCCCGUUAUAACAAGUGUUAUAAGGUCACACAGAAAAUCUAUGCAGUAAUAUAUGUCACCAAGAAUAUAUAUGUAGUAAAUUAGGUAACCAAAGAAUAUCUCGGUACUGUUAUAGGUCACCAAGAAUGUCUGUGUAGUAUUAUAGGUCACCAAGAAUGUCUGUGUAGUAUUAUAGGUCACCAAAAAUGACUGUGUAGUAUUAUAGGUCACCAAGAAUGUCUGUGUAGUAUUAUAGGUCACUAAGAAUGUCUGUGUAGUAUUAUAGGUCACAAAGAAUGUCUUUGUAGUAUCAUAGAUCACUAAGAAUGUCUGUGUAGUAUUUUAGGUCACCAAGAAUGUCUGUGUAGUAUUAUAGGUCACGAAAAAUGUCUGUGUAGUAUUAUAGGUCACCAAGAAUGUCUGUGUAGUAUUAUAGGUCACAAAGAAUGUCUGUGUAGUAUCAUAGAUCACUAAGAAUGUCUGUGUAGUAUUACAGGUCACCAAGAAUGUCGGUGUAGUAUUAUAGGUCACUAAGAAUGCCUGUGUAGUAUUAUAGGUCACCAAGAAUGUAUGUGUAGUAUUAUAGGUCACCAAGAAUGUCUGUGUAGUAUUAUAGGUCACCAAGAAUGUCUGUGUAGUAUUUUAGGUCACCAAGAAUGUCUGUUUAGUAUUAUAGGUAAGAGCCACAUUUUCUUGCAAAUGUUAUUUUAUCAGGCCAGGAUUCAAUGUGUUUUUGCUUACUACUUGAUGAAUCUCUUUAUCUCUAUAACCGUUUUGAUCAGAGUUUGUUUUGCUGUUAAAUUGUUCCAUGAUUUGGCGUUUGUAUUUUGCACAUGAGAGAAUAGGAACUUAUCUCCUUAGCAACCCUGAAAUAGGAACUUAUCUCCUUAGCAACCCUCAGCGCAACAAUUUUGUCUAGCUUAAACAGUUGGCAGUUUUUUUACCCUGUGUAGUAGCCAUGAUAGUGGGGUAGCCCUGUUAGUGGAGUAGCCAUGGUAGUGGGGUAGCUAUAUUUUUGGGUUAGCCAUUUAAAUUGAACGUAAAUAUAUGUCCCAAUAUUUAAUGGUUGCAGUUCACUGUAUGUUUUUCUUUUGUUGACAGCUGCAGUUGUCGCCCUUCAACAAACAAUGGCCACCAAAGGGGCACCACCCGGAGGUAUGACAGCAGAACAACUCCAAGACUUUAAAAAAAUGACUUUGCAAAUUAAUGCCCUGCAACAAAAAAUAAAAGAUCUUGAGGUAAAAAUAGCAUUUAUUUUGGAUUUGUUUUUACUUCAGUUUAUAUUCAGUGUAUUAUAGAAAAAUAUUAUUAGCUUAGAGAUAAGCGAUACAAAAACCAAUCAAUAGAUAUUUUAAUAAUGAUGAUCAAAACUAGAGAUAAAAUAAAUGGCCAUUUAGGUGGUUAUGUAUUUUUAGAUUAUGUAGUUUGUACAUCCGACAUAGAACUACUCUGCAUUACUUUAAGGCCAUAUUACCUACCUAGGGAGUUCACUCAAAUAUGUAUCAUCCUUACUUACAUUCAACCUAAUGCUAACAAGGAGCAGGCUGCUGAGAGACUUUUGGAUGUAAUCCAUGAUUUUGAAACAAAAAACCCAGACUCCGUUCGUCUUGUUAUGGGGGACUUUAAUGAAAUAUCAAUGAAUAAAUCCAUGCCAACUUACAUCCAGUACGUUACUUGCCCCACGCGACAAGACCGAACUCUGGACAUGUGUAAUAGUAAAAUAAAAAAUGCCUACACAUGUCGAGCUUUAUUUCCUCUAGGAGAAUCCGACCACACAAUGGUCCGCCUAACGACCACGCAAUGGUCCGCCCAACGACCACGCAAUGGUCCGCCUAACGACCACGCAAUGGUCAGCCUAACGACCCCACAAUGGUCCGCCUAACGCCAUGCUAUAAGCCAGUUUUAAAAACAAACAAAAAUGCAAUCAAAAAGUAUUGAACUGUGGUCAGAUGAGGCGACAGAAAAACUUGAAGCCAGCCUGAUUGGAAUGUACAGCCUGGGUCACGUUUAUCAACACUUGCCCGGACAUUGACGAGCUCACAAACACCGUCAAUUCCUACAUUAAGUUCUGUGGAAACGAAAUUAUUCCCAAAAAACAAUCCAAGUAUUCAACAACAACAAACCCUGGAUGAGCAGAGAAAUAAAGGAGGCCAUACUCCACAAGAAUGAGGCCAUCCACCACAAGAAUGAGGCCAUCCACCACAAGAAGGAGGCCAUCCACCACAAGAAGGAGGCGUUCCACCACAAGAAGAACAUGUUUAAGAUUAAUCAUCAGGAAUUCAUUAAAGCUUAAAAAAUUAUUGAAAGAAUAUAUAUAUUAGGGGUAAAAACAAUACAAUCAAAAAAUCGAAAAAUUAUUCACUACUAACAAUUCAAAGGCUUGUUGGGUAGGACUCAAGCAAAUAAUAGGAUAUACUCCUAAGCGAGAAUGCUUAUGUGUUGAGGACGUAAGGAAUUUUGUUAACGACUUAAAUGACUUUUAUUGUCGUUUUGACAGCCUGGACUUUGGAAGAGUGCACAAUGAGAUGAUGAAUUCAUUUCAAGAUGGCAGUAGUACACAGGAUGGUAGUUUGUUGUUUACCGAACAGAGAGUGAUGUCAUUAUUUAAACAAGUGGACGCAGCCAAGGCCUCGGGAUCAGACAAAUUAAGUGGUCGGCUCAUUAAACUAUGUUCAGAGCAGCUCUCCUACAUUUGUUGUUACAUAUUUAAUAAAUCUUAUGUAACUCACACAAUACCAGCAAUAUGGAAAACUUCAGAAAUCAUACCAAUUCCAAAUAAAAUUAAGGCAACGUGCAACAACGACUUACGACCUGUUGCUCUUACCUCUAUUGUCAUGAAAUGUUUUGAGAAAAUAACUCUGAAAUAAAUUUUUAAUGAAGUACACCAAAAACUUGACCCCCACCAAUUAGCCUACAAACCUGCCAGAAGUACGGAGGACGCAAUCUUACUAUUGUUGGAGAGACUUUACCAUCAACUAGACAGUCCUAAAACAUACGCCAGAGUGCUAUUCUUAGACAUCAGCAUUUAACACCAUCCAACCACACCUUAUGAUAAAGAAACUUUCCUCGUUAGGUGUCAAUUUAAUUAUUCAGUCUUGGAUACUGAACUUUUUAACAAAUCGACCACAAUAUGUCAAAGUAAAUAACCAAGUGUCUCUAGCCAGAGAAAUAAGCACUGGGGCACAACAAGGCUGCGUUCUCUCCCCUGUAUUGUAUACAAUAUAUACAAAUGAUAUUCAAAGCUCAACACCGUUCCAAUCUUAAAAUUUGCUGAUGAUACCAUCAUUGUUGGCUUAAUAUCUGAAAGAGAAGGCCUAUACCGUAACUUAGUUACAAGCUUUAUCAAUUGGUACGAUGAAAAUUUUCUCCAGUUGAAUGUCUCAAAAACAAAAGAAAUGGUUGUUAAUUUCAGGAGGGGGAAACACCAGAUUACAGAUCUCAACAUAAAAAAUCAAAAUGUGGAGAAAGUGGAGGCGUACAAGUACUUAGGUGUCACCAUGAAUAAUAAGCUAACAUGGCAUGAGCACUGUCAAAUCCUGUAUAAGAAAUUCAACCAAAGAAUGUUCUACCUCAAAAAACUGUACAAUUUCGGCGUAAACAAGCAAGUCGUUAACUUAUUCUACAGUGCAACUAUUUGAAGCCUGCUUAAUUUCAGUAUUACCUGCUGGUGUGAGAAUUCAACGUCUGAUAUUAAACACCGCAUAAACCGACUAAUCAAGAAAGCUAGGAACAUAACACAAACUAAACAUCCUUCACUUGAAGAACUAUUUGAAGAAAGAUAUUUUUGUAAAACUAAACACAUUUUGGAAGAUACAUCCUAACCUCUUCAUCCUAGAUACUUAGGAUCGGGCCGUUCGGGACGACUUCUUUCCAUCAGGGCGAGAACUGACCGAUAUAAAAAUUCUAUUGUUCCCCAAUCUGUACGAAUUUACCGGCAUGCUUUCUCUGAAGUCACACAUCUGAAUGAGAACUAAUAAGUCCCCGAUUUUGCUAAGAGAACUCACUGAAUGGCUGUUUGAAAUAAUUUAUUUUAAAUGUCUUGUGUUCAAAUUGUUUUAUUUUUUAGCUGAAAAUGUAUCAUGCAAUCAAAAAACAUUUCCAUUUAUUUGGAUCAAUAAAAGAAUCUUAUGUUAUCUUAAGUGGACCUGAUGUUUUGUAUUGCCUGGUGCAGAGCCUCGUUUGCCUAAGAACGGUUAUGCUUUGUUGAUGCUAAUUGAGUAAUAAAUAGCCAAAACUGUUUCUUUUAUGAGAUUCGUUGGAUUUAUCCCAUUUGUCCCAUUUAUCCAAUUAGUCCAAUUUGUCCCAUUUAUCCAAUUAGCCCCAUUUGUCUCAUGUAUCCAAUUAGUCCCAUAUAUCCCUUUCAUCCCUUUUGUCAUAUAUAUCCCAACUGUACCAAUAUUAAAUGUUCUAUUAAAAUAAUAUUUUUAUCAUAUUUCAGAAUAAACUGACAGAUGCUUCAAGUAACAUUAAAAAAGGCACAGAGAGAGCUGAUGAAAUGGAGGAGAAGGUUAGGGUUAGGGUUAGGCACAGAGAAAGCUGAUGAAAUGAAGGAGAAGAUCAAAUGAAUUUCUUUAUGUUUGAAUAAUUUCAAAUAUUUCAGUCAUAAGUAAUCAACUUCUGUCAAAUGAUUCUGUUGAUUAAUGAUAGACAAGUUAUAUUCACUUAAUUACUUACUUGUUAUUUCAUUUUUUUAAAAAAUAAGUUAGAGGAAAAGAGGAAUUUCUAAAAUAUCAUGUUUUAAAUAGUAUACGGUAAAAACAAAGUAUUUAUAUCACUUCAAAAGUUGGGGACACACUAUUUAUAGAUGGCUUUAUUAUCUUGACUUAUAAAUUGAUUUUCUUAAAGAAAUCAUGACGUUCAAAUCUGUUUUUAUUUCUUAGGAAAAUGAAAGCAUCAAAGAUAUUUAUAAGUGUAUGGAUCAAAUCAACAACUCACUCAGUGAAAAAAUAGCUCAACAGAAAGUAGAAGUGCAAAAGAUUGCCGGAGAUACUCCCAAGCCGAUCAAUUACGACCCCUUCAACUACGGCGAGGCUUAUGGUGGGGACGUUGUGGUAAUUACUUUAUGGUGGCGACGUUGUGGUCAUUAUUUUAUGGUGGUGACGUUGUGGUCAUUACUUUAUGGUGGCGAUGUUGUGGUCAUUACUUUAUGGUGGCGAUGUUGUGGUCAUUACUUUAUGGUGGUCAAGUUGUGGUCAUUACUUUAUGGUGGCGACGUUGUUGUCAUUACUUUAUGGUGGCGACGUUGUGGUCAUUAAUUUAUGGUGGUGAUGUUGUGGUCAUUACUUUAUGGUGGCGACGUUGUGGUCAUUACUUUAUGGUGGCGACGUUGCGGUCAUUACUUUAUGGUGGCGAUGUUGUGGUCAUUACUUUAUGGUGGCGAUGUUGUGGUCAUUACUUUAUGGUGGCGAUGUUGUGGUCAUUACUUUAUGGUGGCGACGUUGUGGUCAUUACUUUAUGGUGGCGAUGUUGUGGUCAUUACUUUAUGGUGGCGAUGUUGUGGUCAUUACUUUAUGUUGGGGACGUUGUGGUCAUUACUUUAUGGUGGCGAUGUUGUGGUCAUUACUUUAUGGUGGCGACGUUGUGGUCAUUACUUUAUGGUGGCGACGUUGUGGUCAUUACUUUAUGGUGGCGAUGUUGUGGUCAUUACUUUAUGGUGGCGACGUUGUGGUCAUUACUUUAUGGUGGCGACGUUGUGGUCAUUACUUUAUGGUGGCGACGUUGUGGUCAUUACUUUAUGGUGGCGACGUUGUGGUCAUUACUUUAUGGUGGCGACGUUGUGGUCAUUACUUUAUGGUGGCGACGUUGUGGUCAUUACUUUAUGGUGGCGACGUUGUGGUCAUUACUUUAUGGUGGCGACGUUGUGGUCAUUACUUUAUGGUGGCGACGUUGUGGUCAUUACUUUAUGGUGGCGACGUUGUGGUCAUUACUUUAUGGUGGCGACGUUGUGGUCAUUACUUUAUGGUGGCGACGUUGUGGUCAUUACUUUAUGGUGGCGACGUUGUGGUCAUUACUUUAUGGUGGCGACGUUGUGGUCAUUACUUUAUGGUGGCGACGUUGUGGUCAUUACUUUAUGGUGGCGACGUUGUGGUCAUUACUUUAUGGUGGCGACGUUGUGGUCAUUACUUUAUGGUGGCGACGUUGUGGUCAUUACUUUAUGGUGGCGACGUUGUGGUCAUUACUUUAUGGUGGCGACGUUGUGGUCAUUACUUUAUGGUGGCGACGUUGUGGUCAUUACUUUAUGGUGGCGACGUUGUGGUCAUUACUUUAUGGUGGCGACGUUGUGGUCAUUACUUUAUGGUGGCGACGUUGUGGUCAUUACUUUAUGGUGGCGACGUUGUGGUCAUUACUUUAUGGUGGCGACGUUGUGGUCAUUACUUUAUGGUGGCGACGUUGUGGUCAUUACUUUAUGGUGGCGACGUUGUGGUCAUUACUUUAUGGUGGCGACGUUGUGGUCAUUACUUUAUGGUGGCGACGUUGUGGUCAUUACUUUAUGGUGGCGAUGUUGUGGUCAUUACUUUAUGGUGGUGACGUUGUGGUCAUUAUUUUAUGGUUGUGACGUUGUGGUCAUUACUUUAUGGUGGCGACGUUGUGGUCAUUACUUUAUGGUGGCGAUGUUGUGGUCAUUACUUUAUGGUGGCGACGUUGUGGUCAUUAUUUUAUGGUGGUGACGUUGUGGUCAUUACUUUAUGGUGGCGACGUUGUGGUCAUUACUUUAUGGUGGAGACGUUGUGGUCAUUACUUUAUUUUGGGGACGUUGUGGUCAUUACUUUAUGUUGGGGACGUUGUGGUCAUUACUUUAUGGUGGAGACGUUGUGGUCAUUACUUUAUUGUGGCGAUGUUGUGGUCAUUACUUUAUGGUGGAGACGUUGUGGUCAUUACUUUAUUGUGGCGAUGUUGUGGUCAUUACUUUAUGGUGGAGACGUUGUGGUCAUUACUUUAUGUUGGGGACGUUGUGGUCAUUACUUUAUGUUGGGGACGUUGUGGUCAUUACUUUAUGGUGGAGACGUUGUGGUCAUUACUUUAUGUUGGGGACGUUGUGGUCAUUAUUUUAUGGUGGAGACGUUGUGGUCAUUAUUUUAUGGUGGUGACGUUGUGGUCAUUACUUUAUGGUGGCGACGUUGUGGUCAUUAAUUUAUGGUGGCGACGUUGUGGUCAUUACUUUAUGGUGGUCACGUUGUGGUCAUUACUUUAUUGUGGCGAUGUUGUGGUCAUUACUUUAUGUUGGCGAUGUUGUGGUCAUUACUUUAUGUUGGCGACGUUGUGGUCAUUACUUUAUGGUGGAGACGUUGUGGUCAUUACUUUAUUGUGGCGAUGUUGUGGUCAUUACUUUAUGUUGGCGAUGUUGUGGUCAUUACUUUAUGUUGGCGAUGUUGUGGUCAUUACUAUAUGGUGGAGACGUUGUGGUCAUUACUUUAUGUUGGGGACGUUGUGGUCAUUACUUUAUGGUGGCGAUGUUGUGGUAAUUACUUUAUGGUGGCGAUGUUGUGGUCAUUACUUUAUGGUGGCGACGUUGUGGUCAUUACUUUAUGGUGGCGACGUUGUGGUCAUUACUUUAUGGUGGCGACGUUGUGGUCAUUAAUUUAUGGUGGCGACGUUGUGGUCAUUACUUUAUGGUGGUCACGUUGUGGUCAUUACUUUAUUGUGGCGAUGUUGUGGUCAUUACUUUAUGUUGGCGAUGUUGUGGUCAUUACUUUAUGUUGGCGACGUUGUGGUCAUUACUUUAUGGUGGAGACGUUGUGGUCAUUACUUUAUUGUGGCGAUGUUGUGGUCAUUACUUUAUGUUGGCGAUGUUGUGGUCAUUACUUUAUGUUGGCGAUGUUGUGGUCAUUACUUUAUGGUGGAGACGUUGUGGUCAUUACUUUAUGUUGGGGACGUUGUGGUCAUUACUUUAUGUUGGCGACGUUGUGGUCAUUACUUUAUGUUGGGGACGUUGUGGUCAUUACUUUAUGGUGGGGACGUUGUGGUCAUUACUUUAUGUUGGGGACGUUGUGGUCAUUACUUUAUGGUGGGGACGUUGUGGUCAUUACUUUAUGGUGGGGACGUUGUGGUCAUUACUUUAUGGUGGCGAUGUUGUGGUCAUUACUUUAUGGUGGGGACGUUGUGGUCAUUACUUUAUGGUGGCGAUGUUGUGGUCAUUACUUUAUGGUGGGGACGUUGUGGUCAUUACUUUAUGGUGGAGACGUUGUGGUCAUUACUUUAUGGUGGGGACGUUGUUGUCAUUACUUUAUUGUGGGGACGUUGUGGUCAUUACUUUAUGGUGGUCACGUUGUGGUCAUUACUUUAUGGUGGCGAUGUUGUGGUCAUUACUUUAUGGUGGCGAUGUUGUUGUCAUUACUUUAUGGUGGGGACGUUGUGGUCAUUACUUUAUGGUGGCGAUGUUGUGGUCAUUACUUUAUGGUGGGGACGUUGUGGUCAUUACUUUAUGGUGGAGACGUUGUGGUAAUUAUUUUAUUGUGGUGACGUUGUGGUCAUUACUUUAUGGUGGCGACGUUGUGGUCAUUAAUUUAUGGUGGCGACGUUGUGGUCAUUACUUUAUGGUGGUCACGUUGUGGUCAUUACUUUAUUGUGGCGAUGUUGUGGUCAUUACUUUAUGGUGGGGACGUUGUGGUGAUUACUUUAUGGUGGCGAUGUUGUUGUAUUUACUUUAACGUUGUGGAAAUUCUUUAAGCUCACAUUGAUAUCCAUUGAAUAACAUAUAGGAAAUACACAAAGAGUAAAGCAGAUGUUUCAAGAUACAUGACUGAUAUUCUCACUCCAUUCAAUAAGUAUUGUUUCAAUAAACUUCUGCUUAUAAUAUAAAUAUAAUGUGAGCACUCUUAUAAUUUGGUCCAGUCAUCUCUAAAUACCAUGGAUUAAAUAAGACCUGACUUAGGAAAUCUUACGAAGCGUAAAUCCCAUCAUUUUAGGAUUUCCAAGCACGCAGAAGAAUCCUGGAGAUCAAACUUCUACUUCAAGGUCUGCAGUCUUCAAUGGCCCAGCUUCGAGACUCUGUGAAGGUCAGUCCAAGUAUUGACCUUGGCUAUAAGAUCGUUCGCUUGGAUCAACUGAUAGCAUCCAGUGGAUUCGGUAAAGCUAUACAGAAAGGAGGUAUGUCGGUCAUUUAGGAGAGUUUAUUGACAAGUAAAUAAUUAUACACACAUUUAAUCACAUAUUUAUACACACAUUGAUACACACGUUUAUGCACACAUUUAUACACACAUUUAUACACACAUUUAUACACACAUUUAUACACACAUUUAUACACAUAUUCGAUGUAUCGGGUAUGUGGGAAAUAUUUUUAAACUAUUUGUUGAAUCUACAAGUGUAAACACAGAUUCUGUCAGGCAAGGUCAUGACCUUCUAUAAACAGCAAGUAUGCUUCAGAGUGAUGGUUUUAUAUAGUGCGAUACCCAAGCCCAGGGCGGGGCCCAACACGCUGAACAUACAAUUUAACAAACAUAGUCAAAAACUAAAAAUAAACAUACAUUUAUUAAAUAAAACAAAAUAAAUAUAUAUUCACUCUACACAUUCAAGAACUUGCAGUUUUGAAGGUCAAGUUAGUCUGUCUUAAUUGUCUCAACUAAAAAUAACAUUGGCCAAGUUAGUCUAUCUUUAUUGUCUCAACUAAACGAAAGAUUGGCCAAGUUAGUCUGUCUUAAUUGUCUAAACAAAACAAUGGCCAAGUUAGUCUGUAUUUAUUGUCUCAACUAAACGAAAGAUUGGCCAAGUUAGUCUGUCUUUAUUGUCUCUACUAAACGAAAGAUUGGCCAAGUUAGUCUGUCUUUAUUGUCUCUACUAAACGAAACAAUGGCCAAGCAAGUCUGUCUUUAUUGUCUCAACUAAAUAAAAAAUCGGCCAAGUUGGUCUCUCUUUAUUGUCUCUACUGAACGAAACAAUGGCCAAGUUAGUCUGUCUUUAUUGUCUCAACUAAACAAAACAAUGGCCAAGUUAGUCUGUCUUUAUUGUCUCAACUAAAUAAAAAAUUGGCCAAGCUAGUCUGUCUUUAUUGUCUCAACUAAACAAAACAAUGGCCAAGCUAUUCUGUCUUUAUUGUCUCAACUAAAUAAAAAAUUGGCCAAGCUAAUCUGUCUUUAUUGUCUCUACUAAACGAAACAAUGGCCAAGCUAGUCUGUCUUUAUUGUCUCAACUAAAUAAAAAAUUGGCCAAGUUAGUUAGUAUGUCUUUAUGUCUCAACUAAAUAAAAAAUUGGCCAAGUUAGUCUGUCUUUAUUGUCUCAACUAAAUACAAAAUUGGCCAAUUUAAUCUGUCUUGAUUGUCUCAACUAAACGAAACAGUGUCAAAGAGAGACUACAAAGUAAAUAAUUAAAUAAAUACCCAGAUAAGGCAAUUAUAUCAUCAGAUAUCUACUUAUAAAAAAAGCUACAUCAUCUAUUUCUACUGAAGAAGACAGCAAGGCUCAACAUUCCACGAUUUCAAAGAUGCCAUUCUUGUGAUACCCACCUUGCUCGUCCAGAACCUGCUUAACUAUACACGAAUCUUGACCUUGGACCGAAAUAAACUUUUAUGAUUUAAACACUGAACAUUUGAAAACUGACAUCGUGGUUGUGUAUGACAUUAUGGUUGUGUAUAACAUGAUGGUUGUAUAUGACAUGGUGGUUGUGUAUGACACGAUGGUUGUGUAUGACAUGGUUGUUGUGUAUAGCACGAUGGUUGUGUAUGACAUUGUGGUUGUGUAUGACAUGAUGGUUGUGUAUGACAUGAUGGUGUGUGACAUGAUGGUUAUUGCCUAGCAGGUACAAGUGAAACGUAUGGAAAAAAUGAUCAUAUUUUCUCAGUACAUGUGGACUUCACUGAGGACUUGAACAAUAUCUGUUACUGGGGACCUCUCACACCAGCUUAUCACCCUAUUAUUUAAAUCUUUAAAAUGGCAUGACAACAAUGUUACAAAUAAUGUCUUUCUUUCUUUGGGUGAUUAAUGUCUUUCUUUCUUUCUUUGGUUAAUGUCUUUCUUUCUUUGUUUGAUUAAUAUCUUUCUUUCUUUGUUUAGUUAAUGUCUUUCUUUCUUUGUUUGGUUAAUGUCUUCCUUUCUUUGUUUGGUUAAUGUCUUCCUUUCUUUGUUUAAUUAAUAUCUUUCUUUCUUUGUUUAAUUAAUAUCUUUCUUUCUUUGUUUGCUUCCAGACGCAACGCACGAGGAUGUCCUGGUUGUUAGCAACUCUAAAGUUAGGAUCCCAGGCAAGGUAGACUACCCAAAGAAAGAAAUCUUUCAAGUAACAGACGAUAUGGUAAUAUUAUAUAUGUAAAUUAUUAUUAAAGAAAUUAAGAUUAUUUGACCUUUGACCUUUCUUAUAGUUUCAUUGUUACGAUAAUUUUUGUUAGUCUUCUAUCAUUUAGAUUCAAACAGUUCAUCUCAACAUACGUAUAGACAAUGUCAACAUACUAAAGGACAAUGUCAACAUACUUAUAGACAAUGUCAACAUAGUUAUAGACAAUGUCAACAUACUUAUGUACUGUCAACAUACGUAUAUACUGUAAACAUACUUAUAGUUAUGUCAACAUACUUAUAGACUAUGUCAACAUACUUAUAGACAAUGUCAACAUACUUAUAUACUUUCAACAUACUUAUAUACUGUCAACAUACUUAUAUAAUGUCAACAUACUUAUAUAAUGUCAACAUACUUAUAGACAAUGUCAACAUACUUAUAGAUAAUGUCAACAUACUUAUAUACUUUCAACAUACUUAUAUACUGUCAACAUACUUAUAUAAUGUCAACAUACUUAUAUAAUGUCAACAUACUUAUAGACUAUGUCAACAUACUUAUAGACAAUGUCAACAUACUUAUAUACUUUCAACAUACUUAUAUACUGUCAACAUACUUAUAUAAUGUCAACAUACUUAUAUAAUGUCAACAUACUUAUAGACAAUGUCAACAUACUUAUAGAUAAUGUCAACAUACUUAUAUACUUUCAACAUACUUAUAUACUGUCAACAUACUUAUAUAAUGUCAACAUACUUAUAUAAUGUCAACAUACUUAUAGACUAUGUCAACAUACUUAUAGACAAUGUCAACAUACUUAUAUACUUUCAACAUACUUAUAUACUGUCAACAUACUUAUAUAAUGUCAACAUACUUAUAUAAUGUCAACAUACUUAUAGACAAUGUCAACAUACUUAUAGACAAUGUUAACAUACUUAUCUACAAUGUCAACAUACUUAUAGAAAAUGUCAACAUACUUAUAGAUAAUGUCAACAUACUUAUAGAUAAUGUCAACAUACUUAUAGAUAAUGUCAACAUACUUAUAGAAAAUGUCAACAUACUUAUAGAUAAUGUCAACAUACUUAUAGAUAAUGUCAACAUACUUAUAUACUCCAAACAUACUUAUAGACAAUGUUAACAUACUUAUCUACAAUGUCAACAUACUUAUAGAUAAUGUCAACAUACUUAUAGAAAAUGUCAACAUACUUAUAGAAAAUGUCAACAUACUUAUAGAUAAUGUCAACAUACUUAUAGAAAAUGUCAACAUACUUAUAGAUAAUGUCAACAUACUUAUAGACAAUGUCAACAUACUUAUAGAUAAUGUCAACAUACUUAUAGAUAAUGUCAACAUACUUAUAGACAAUGUCAACAUACUUAUAGACAAUGUCAACAUACUUAUAGAUAAUGUCAACAUACUUAUAGAUAAUGUCAACAUAAUUAUAGACAAUGUCAACAUACUUAUAGACAAUGUCAACAUACUUAUAGACAAUGUCAACAUACUUAUAGAUAAUGUCAACAUACUUAUAGAUAAUGUCAACAUACUUAUAGACAAUGUCAACAUACUUAUAGACAAUGUCAACAUACUUAUAGAUAAUGUCAACAUACUUAUAGAAAAUGUCAACAUACUUAUAGACAAUGUCAACAUACUUAUAGAUAAUGUCAACAUACUUAUAGAAAAUGUCAACAUACUUAUAGACAAUGUCAACAUACUUAUAGAUAAUGUCAACAUACUUAUAGACAAUGUCAACAUACUUAUAUAUGUUUACAUGUUUUUAAUAAUUGUAAAGCGCUUAGAGCUUUAAGGUAAAAUGCCUGAAUAAAUAAAUAAAUAAAUAUACAGUUAAAAUAUUUAUAGACAACGUCAACUUACUUAUAGACAAUGUCAACUUACUUAUAGACAACGUCAACUUACUUAUAGACAAGGUACUUAUAGACAAUGUCAACAUACUUGACAUUUGUACAAAGUUUCUUUUAAUAUACAAUUGGAUAUAAAGUCAUGUUCUCCUAAUGUACAGGAAUCCAACUGGGCGAUAACAGACUCCAUCAUGCAGACGAUGUACCGGCUGGAAAUGGAAUUAGGAGAUCUUCAGAAAGUUGUUGGUUCCUCUGACUUAAGCACCAACACCAAGCUCUUAGAGGUAAACUUAUGACUUAAGCAUUAACAUCAAGCUCUUAGAGGUAAACUUCUGAAUUAAGCACCAACACCAAGCUCUUAGAGGUAAACUUCUGAAUUAAGCACCAACACCAAGCUCUUAGAGGUAAACUUCUGAAUUAAGCACCAACACCAAGCUCUUAGAGGUAAACUUAUGACUUAAGCAUUAACAUCAAGCUCUUAGAGGUAAACUUAUGACUUAAGCAUUAACACCAAGCUCUUAGAGGUAAACUUCUGAAUUAAGCACCAACACCAAGCUCUUAGAAGUAAACUUAUGACUUAAGCACCAACACCAAGCUCUUAGAGGUAAACUUAUGACUUAAGCAUUAACACCAAGCUCUUAGAGGUAAACUUCUGAAUUAAGCACCAACACCAAGCUCUUAGAGGUAAACUAUGACUUAAGCACCAACACCAAGCUCUUAGAGGUAAACUAUGACUUAAGCACCAACACCAAGCUCUUAGAGGUAAACUAUGACUUUAGCACCAACACCAAGCUCUUAGAGGUAAACUAUGACUUAAGCACCAACACCAAGCUCUUAGAGGUAAACUUAUGACUUAAGCACUAACACCAAGCUCUUAGAGGUAAACUUAUGACUUUAGCACCAACACCAAGCUCUUAGAGGUAAACUAUGACUUAAGCACCAACACCAAGCUCUUAGAGGUAAACUAUGACUUAAGCACCAACACCAAGCUCUUAGAGGUAAACUAUGACUUAAGCACCAACACCAAGCUCUUAGAGGUAAACUAUGACUUAAGCACCAACACCAAUCUCUUAGAGGUAAACUAUGACUUAAGCACCAACACCAAUCUCUUAGAGGUAAACUAUGACUUAAGCACCAACACCAAUCUCUUAGAGGUAAACUAUGACUUAAGCACCAACACCAAUCUCUUAGAGGUAAACUAUGACUUAAGCACCAACACCAAUCUCUUAGAGGUAAACUAUGACUUAAGCACCAACACCAAUCUCUUAGAGGUAAACUAUGACUUAAGCACCAACACCAAUCUCUUAGAGGUAAACUAUGACUUAAGCACCAACACCAAUCUCUUAGAGGUAAACUAUGACUUAAGCACCAACACCAAUCUCUUAGAGGUAAACUAUGACUUAAGCACCAACACCAAUCUCUUAGAGGUAAACUAUGACUUAAGCACCAACACCAAUCUCUUAGAGGUAAACUAUGACUUAAGCACCAACACCAAUCUCUUAGAGGUAAACUAUGACUUAAGCACCAACACCAAUCUCUUAGAGGUAAACUAUGACUUAAGCACCAACACCAAUCUCUUAGAGGUAAACUAUGACUUAAGCACCAACACCAAUCUCUUAGAGGUAAACUAUGACUUAAGCACCAACACCAAUCUCUUAGAGGUAAACUAUGACUUAAGCACCAACACCAAUCUCUUAGAGGUAAACUAUGACUUAAGCACCAACACCAAUCUCUUAGAGGUAAACUAUGACUUAAGCACCAACACCAAUCUCUUAGAGGUAAACUAUGACUUAAGCACCAACACCAAGCUCUUAGAGGUAAACUAUGACUUAAGCACCAACACCAAGCUCUUAGAGGUAAACUAUGACUUAAGCACCAACACCAAGCUCUUAGAGGUAACUUCUGACUGAAGCACCAACACCAAGCUCUUAGAGGUAAACUUAUGACUUAAGCACAAAAACCAAGCUCUUAGAGGUAAACUUCUGACUUAAGUAUUAACACCAAUCUCUUAGAGUAAACCUUGUUCCCACGGAAACCUGUACUAAUUCUCAUAACGGGAUUAUACAUUCUGAAAUUAGAAGGGAUAUAUUCUGAAAUUAGAAGGGAUAUAUUCUGACAUUAGAUUGGACAUAUUCUGACAUUAGAAUGUAUAUUUUGCUUCACGAAGACAGUAUCAGUAAUAAGAAUAUAAAUUUUACGUGUUAAAUCAAUAAUUAGGAAAUAAAAUUAUGAUCACAUAUCUUCUAGGAGUAGCAUCCCAUCGUAACACGUGAUCACAAUCUUGACACCUUACGCCCCCUUCCCCAAAACACACACACACACACAUACACACACCGGUGUGAAUACGUUUAUCUGUUAUUUUGUUUCCGGUUGUAAGACAACCGCCAUCUUUAUAAAUCUCCAUUAAUGUUUACAUCUUUGUUAACAUCCACCUUGACGUCACGCAGUACCAAAGUCAUUUCUGUUUCAGGAACUUCAGGCCAGCAUUAAGCAUGUCAAGGAGAAGGCUGUGGAUGUCAAGACAGUCAAACGAUUGAUUGAGGACACUCAGGCCAACAAGGUUGCAAUCACGUCUUCUUACUCUUCUUCGAACUUAGACACAGACUUGAGCCCAGCCCCAGGCGGGUGUACCACGCUAAUAAGACUACUACUACUAAUAAUAAUAAUAAUAAUAGAUGUCAAAUAUAGUUAUGUGUCCUAGUUCAUUGAUGUCAAUUUAUACCUGUGUCUCCAUCCAUUCCAUCCGUAUGUAUGCCUAUCUGUCUGUUAGCAUAUCUGUCUAUCUAUCUAAGCAUUUCAAGAUUGGAACAUCUGGGCCAGAGGUUUCACUUCCCAUACUCUCACUGAAGACACCUGCCCCCCCCCCCAAAAAAAUAAAUAAAUAAAUAAAUAAAAUAAAAACAAUAAUAAUAAUAAUCUAAGACAUGGGGGUGUUGAGCGAAGUAGAAUAGGUCCUUUUCCAAUUUUCUUCUAAGAGCAUGCAUUCUCCAUGUAUAUAAGCUGUAUUAAUUGAUGCAGUAUCAAAUCAAACUGUCUUUGUUUAUCUUUGAUACUCCUGUCUUUGCUUAAAUGUGCAGCAGCCAAUGUUUGGGACACCUUUUGUCAAACCUUUUCAUGAACACUAGGGUCCAUAAAAAAGCUGUCCGUCCAUGUCCACUACCAGUGAACACUACGAGUUGUGCCCAUGAUGUUUCAAAAUCUUUCUUGACAUGUUGCGCCAUUAAAAUGCACAAUCAUUUAUGUAGGACAAUUUUAUUGUUAACACUUUCUUGUAGACGACCUAUGCCCCCGACGGGUAGAAAAGCAUACGGGAAGAAUUGGUCCCACUAGUUCUCCCAUUACAACAUAUGGGUGCUAAUGACGUCAACAAUUUUAUCACGUGACUGACAUCUAAAGAUGAAUAAAUCCAUGAAACGUUUGUAGGAAUUAUUUUCUUGUGUAGUAAAAAAAACAAAAAAUAAAACAAAGAGUUAGCCCAUACAAACGAAGAUUGUUAGCCCAUACAAACGAAGAGAGUUAGCCCAUACAAACCAAGAGAGUUUAGGCCAUACAAACCAAGAGAGUUUAGGCCAUACAAACCAAGAGAGUUUAGGCCAUACAAACCAAGAGAGUUUAGGCCAUACAAACCAAGAGAGUUAGCCCAUACCAACGAAGAGAGUUAGGCCAUACAAACGAAGAGAGCCCAUACAAACGAAGAGAGUUAGGCCAUACAAAUGAAGAGAGCCAAUACAAACCAAGAGAGUUAGCCCAUACAAACCAAGAAUGUUAGCCCAUACAAACCAAGAGAGUUAACCCAUACAAACCAAGAGAGUUAGCCAAUACAAACCAAAAGAUUUAGCCAAUACAAACCAAGAUAGUUAACCCAUACAAAUCAAGAGAGUUAGGCCAUACAAACGAAGAGAGUUAGCCCAUACAAAUCAAGAGAGUUAGGCCAUUCAAACCAAGAGAGUUAGGCCAUACAAACCAAUAAAGUUAGGCCAUACAAACCAAGAGAGUUAUGCCAUACAAACGAAGGGAGUUAGGCCAUACAAACGAAGAGAGUUAGGCCAUACAAACCAAGAGAAUUAGGCCAUACAAACGAAGAGAGUUAGCCCAUACAAACCAAGAGAGUUAGGCCAUACAAACGAAGAGAGUUAGCCCAUACAAACCAAGAGAGUUAGGCCAUACAAACUAGAGAUUUAGACCAUACAAAUUAGAGAGUUAGACCAUGCAGACUAAGAGAGUUAGAUCAUACAAAUUGAUAAAGUUAUAUUGUACAAAUUGAUGGAGUUAGAUCAUACAAACUAAGAGAGUAAGACGAGGAUAUUUUUAUGUUUGAAAAAUUAGAUUCCCCAAUAUAUCUUGUAGUAGAAUACACAGCUUAAAACCUAGGUGUCUACAGUACUCGUAUGAAGAAUAUCAGCCAUGAUAGAGAACGCUUCCUUGAACUUGUCAUAACUCUCAAUCUCGUCAAUUAGUCGAAAUAUUCAAUUAUGUUAUAGGCUAUUUAUAGAAUGAAUCCAGAUUUAUUAUAACCAUUUGAAUAAUUUGAAAUAUUUUUUUUGUAUUAUUGAUUUUAAUAGUUUUCUAAAUAUUGUUUUUAACCCAUUAAUAUUGGGGUAAACCUGUUUAUUUAUACCUUUUUCAUCAUUUCAGCCUCAUGCUCCAUUACCUUUUGAGAAGAAAUCACAGGUAACUAUCAUCAAAAACAUGAAAAAAAUAAAAUUAAAAAAAUUCCAUUGGUCAUUGGUGUAAUAUUUAUUUAACAUGACAUUAGCGAAGUAUGCUUGCGUAGACAUUAAGAAAUUUAGCAUAUAUAGAGAGAGAGCAGAGAAGAGCAGAGAAUAAAAACAAGUCAAUUGAAAGUAUUAUGUUAUGUUCAUUCUUUUGGUUUGUUUCCUUUUUAUUUGUUUUUGAUUAUUUGUUUUGUUUUUGUUUGUUUGUUGUUGUUGUUAUUGUUCUUGCUGCUACUGUUGUUGUUCAUGUUGUAGUUUCCAUUGAAGGCGUUCAACCCAAAAGUCUCUUGUUGUGCUUUAACCCAAUCAGAUGUAUUUCUUACUGCUUCCGCCUGAACCCAGUCCUCCCAUGAUAUAUGCCCCAGAGGCUAAACUACCAAGUCCACCCAUGAUAUACGCCCCAGAUGAUAAUCUAGCCAGUACUCCCAUGAUAUAUGCCCCAGAUGAUAAUCUACCCAGUCCUCCCAUGAUAUAUGCCCCAGAGGCUAAACUACCAAGUCCUCCCAUGAUAUACGCCCCAGAUGAUAAUCUACCCAGUCCUCCCAUGAUAUACGCCCCAGAUGAUAAUCUACCCAGUCCUCCCAUGAUAUACGCCCCAGAGUAUAAUCAACCCAGUCCUCCCAUGAUAUACGCCCCAGAUGAUAAUCUACCCAGUGAUCCCCAUGGCAUAUGCCCCAUAUGAUAAUUUACUUGCAGCUUUACUUUAUCCACCAAUAUCAUUUCAAUUGAAAGAAUUCUCGCCAUACUUGUAAUGGUAGAAUUUAAAAAAAAUUUUGGGGGGAUACAAUGAUAAGGUCAUAAGAUGCAGCAACGAAUCUAAUUCUAUUAAUAGCUCAACACUUUUUGAUUAUUUUAGUUAUUUUGUGAAUUGAUAAAAACAUCUCUGUAACGAAUGGUGACUUAAUUAUUACAUUUUAUUAAUAAAUGCUGCAUUUUAAAUAACAAUUCAUUUAAACAUUCUGUUCAAAUAGUCAAAUGAACAAUGUUAAUAUGAAAUCAUUGCGUACUUUUGGAGAAAGUGAUGUGUUUUUCGUAAAUUAACUAGAAAUCAGUAGCUGCAUUGCCAAUGACUUUCAAGUACUCUCAUGUACUGUCAAGUACUGUCAAGCACUGACAAGCAGAUUCAAGUACUGUCAAGUACUGUGAAGUACUGUGAUAACUUCAUCAUGGCAUAGAGUAGCUAUUUGAAUUUUUUUCAUGUUUCUAUUUUUUUUUAACAAUGUUUCAUUGUGAGAUACUGAAAAUAUAUUUUUUUCCCUACCAAGAUUACAGAAUGCGGGGCUUCUCAAACCAAUUUAUCAAACAUCUCAAAAGCUAAGUUUGAUAACCACAUCAAGACUCUAACUACGUCAGUGCAUUCUCUUAUGGAGCGUUUAGGGAAAAUUGUGAGUCCCAUUUUAAUUGAUUUUUAAUAAUGUGAGUCCUUUCAUAAUUCAUUAUUAACAGUGUGAGUCCUUUCAUAAUUGAUUGUUAACAUUGUGAGUCCUAUUAUAAUUGAAUGUUAACAUUAUAGGUCCUAUUACAAUUGAGUAUUAACAUUGUGAGUCCUUUUAUAAUUGAUUAUUAACAUUUUGUGUCCUAUCAUAAGUGAUUGCUAACAUUGUGAGUCAUAUUAUAAUUAACUGUUAACUGGGGUCAAAAUUGUUGACCUCCGCAGUAUCGCUUAUCCCGGGGAAAAAGGGGACAUAAGUCAAACUCUUUCCGGGAUCCUGGAAAAUUCCACGAAACAUGAAUUAAUUUUAACACUUAUUUAAAACUUAAUUAAAUGAUACAAGAUUUCUUUUUUUUUUCCAUUAAUAAAUUAUGACACACUUUGUUAAGUUUACUUGCUACGACAUUUCGUGAACCUCGGGACCGGGGUCGACAUUAUUGAAGAAUCAAAAGGUGGUGUGGAAAUGGAGCAAGAAUCGUAGACAAAUUUAACAGUCUAUUUUAAUGUGCAUGUUAAAUUCCUAAGGUGAGCUACGUGUAUAGCAGCGUAACCCGUGCUCCGUAGCCUCUAUCGUAAUAAGGAAAAGCGCCGAGCCAUACAGGGACAGUGAAAGGGACGCCAAACGGAGGUUUCGCACUGGGCGAUAGUUUGACAUUUACAUCAAUCAACCUAGUGAGACAUUUACAUCAAUCAACCUAGUGAGACAUUUUCAUCAAUCAACCUAGUGAGACAUUUACAUCAAUCAACCUAGUGAAACAUUUACAUCAAUCAACCUAGUGAGACAUUUACAUCAAUCAACCUAGUUUGACAUUUACAUCAAUCAACCUAGUGAGACAUUUACAUCAAUCAACCUAGUGAGACAUUUACAUCAAUCAACCUAGUGAGACAUUUACAUCAAUCAACCUAGUGAGACAUUUACAUCAAUCAACCUAGUUUGACAUUUACAUCAAUCAACCUAAUGAGACAUUUACAUCAAUCAACCUAGUGAGACAUUUACAUCAAUCAACCUUGUGAGACAUUUACAUCAAUCAACCUAGUGAGACAUUUACAUCAAUCAACCUAGUUUGACAUUUACAUCAAUCAACCUAGUUUGACAUUUACAUCAAUCAACCUAGUGAGACAUUUACAUCAAUCAACCUAGUUUGACAUUUACAUCAAUCAACCUAGUGAGACAUUUACAUCAAUCAACCUAGUGAGACAUUUACAUCAAUCAACCUAGUGAGACAUUUACAUCAAUCAACCUAGUGAGACAUUUACAUCAAUCAACCUAGUGAGACAUUUACAUCAAUCAACCUAGUGAGACAUUUACAUCAAUCAACCUAGUGAGACAUUUACAUCAAUCAACCUAGUGAGACAUUUACAUCAAUCAACCUAGUGAGACAUUUACAUCAAUCAACCUAGUGAGACAUUUACAUCAAUCAACCUAGUGAGACAUUUACAUCAAUCAACCUAGUGAGACAUUUACAUCAAUCAACCUAGUGAGACAUUUACAUCAAUCAACCUAGUGAGACAUUUACAUCAAUCAACCUAGUGAGACAUUUACAUCAAUCAACCUAGUGAGACAUUUACAUCAAUCAACCUAGUGAGACAUUUACAUCAAUCAACCUAGUGAGACAUUUACAUCAAUCAACCUAGUGAGACAUUUACAUCAAUCAACCUAGUGAGACAUUUACAUCAAUCAACCUAGUGAGACAUUUACAUCAAUCAACCUAGUGAGACAUUUACAUCAAUCAACCUAGUGAGACAUUUACAUCAAUCAACCUAGUGAGACAUUUACAUCAAUCAACCUAGUGAGACAUUUACAUCAAUCAACCUAGUGAGACAUUUACAUCAAUCAACCUAGUGAGACAUUUACAUCAAUCAACCUAGUGAGACAUUUACAUCAAUCAACCUAGUGAGACAUUUACAUCAAUCAACCUAGUGAGACAUUUACAUCAAUCAACCUAGUGAGACAUUUACAUCAAUCAACCUAGUGAGACAUUUACAUCAAUCAACCUAGUGAGACAUUUACAUCAAUCAACCUAGUGAGACAUUUACAUCAAUCAACCUAGUGAGACAUUUACAUCAAUCAACCUAGUUUGACAUUUACAUCAAUCAACCUAGUUUGACAUUUACAUCAAUCAACCUAGUUUGACAUUUACAUCAAUCAACCUAGUUUGACAUUUACAUCAAUCAACCUAAUGAGACAUUUACAUCAAUCAACCUAGUGAGACAUUUACAUCAAUCAACCUAGUGAGACAUUUACAUCAAUCAACCUAAUGAGACAUUUACAUCAAUCAACCUAGUUUGACAUUUACAUCAAUCAACCUUGUGAGACAUUUACAUCAAUCAACCUAGUUUGACAUUUACAUCAAUCAACCUAGUGAGACAUUUACAUCAAUCAACCUAGUGAGACAUUUACAUCAAUCAACCAAGUAAAACCAUUUCUUUAUUUUUACACGUGUAUCUUUAUGUUAACCCUUGUAUCUUUGUGUUUAUACAUAUAUCUUUAUGUUAAUACUUGUUUCUUUGUGUUUAUACUUGUAUCUUAGCAUGCAAGCUCACAAGGGGUGGGGGCAAGGGGGGCACUUGCCCCCCUUGGAUUGAUUGGAUAAAACAAAAUUAGACAAAAAUAGACACAAAAUUUCUUAAAGUAAAGAGAAAAUAAGGAGAAAGUAACUAAGCUGAUGUCCUGUCCGUUCGUUCACCAUACAAAUACGCUACAGUAAAUUAAAACUACAUUAAAACAUUUUUAUAAAAUUUUGCCCCCCCCCCCCCCCCUAGAAAAUUAAUCGAUUUUUUUGCCCCCCCCCCUAGAAAGUUUUCUGCGGGCGCCCAUGUAUCUUUGUGUUUAAACAUGUAUCUUAAUGUCUUAAAAAACUGAUUUUUGGAAUAAAAAAACUGCAUCAGGUGAAACAAAUACAUCUUGGGUUAAUCCAUUUACUAGAACAAAUGAUUCCAACCCAUGGGAUGUUAUUAUCAAUUUAUUAGAACACAGGAUCCUAACCCAUGGGACGUCAUUAUCAUUUUACUAGAACACAGGAUCCUAACCCAUGGGACGUCAUUAUCAUUUUACUAGAACACAGGAUCCUAACCCAUGGGACGUCAUUAUCAUUUUACUAGAACACAGGAUCCUAACCCAUGGGACGUCAUUAUCAUUUUACUAGAACACAGGAUCCUAACCCAUGGGACGUCAUUAUCAUUUUACUAGAACACAGGAUCCUAACCCAUGGGACGUCAUUAUCAUUUUACUAGAACACAGGAUCCUAACCCAUGGGACGUCAUUAUCAUUUUACUAGAACACAGGAUCCUAACCCAUGGGACGUCAUUAUCAUUUUACUAGAACACAGGAUCCUAACCCAUGGGACGUCAUUAUCAUUUUACUAGAACACAGGAUCCUAACCCAUGGGACGUCAUUAUCAUUUUACUAGAACACAGGAUCCUAACCCAUGGGACGUCAUUAUCAUUUUACUAGAACACAGGAUCCUAACCCAUGGGACGUCAUUAUCAUUUUACUAGAACACAGGAUCCUAACCCAUGGGACGUCAUUAUCAUUUUACUAGAACACAGGAUCCUAACCCAUGGGACGUCAUUAUCAUUUUACUAGAACACAGGAUCCUAACCCAUGGGACGUCAUUAUCAUUUUACUAGAACACAGGAUCCUAACCCAUGGGACGUCAUUAUCAUUUUACUAGAACACAGGAUCCUAACCCAUGGGACGUCAUUAUCAUUUUACUAGAACACAGGAUCCUAACCCAUGGGACGUCAUUAUCAUUUUACUAGAACACAGGAUCCUAACCCAUGGGACGUCAUUAUCAUUUUACUAGAACACAGGAUCCUAACCCAUGGGACGUCAUUAUCAUUUUACUAGAACACAGGAUCCUAACCCAUGGGACGUCAUUAUCAUUUUACUAGAACACAGGAUCCUAACCCAUGGGACGUCAUUAUCAUUUUACUAGAACACAGGAUCCUAACCCAUGGGACGUCAUUAUCAUUUUACUAGAACACAGGAUCCUAACCCAUGGGACGUCAUUAUCAUUUUACUAGAACACAGGAUCCUAACCCAUGGGACGUCAUUAUCAUUUUACUAGAACACAGGAUCCUAACCCAUGGGACGUCAUUAUCAUUUUACUAGAACACAGGAUCCUAACCCAUGGGACGUCAUUAUCAUUUUACUAGAACACAGGAUCCUAACCCAUGGGACGUCAUUAUCAUUUUACUAGAACACAGGAUCCUAACCCAUGGGACGUCAUUAUCAUUUUACUAGAACACAGGAUCCUAACCCAUGGGACGUCAUUAUCAUUUUACUAGAACACAGGAUCCUAACCCAUGGGACGUCAUUAUCAUUUUACUAGAACACAGGAUCCUAACCCAUGGGACGUCAUUAUCAUUUUACUAGAACACAGGAUCCUAACCCAUGGGACGUCAUUAUCAUUUUACUAGAACACAGGAUCCUAACCCAUGGGACGUCAUUAUCAUUUUACUAGAACACAGGAUCCUAACCCAUGGGACGUCAUUAUCAUUUUACUAGAACACAGGAUCCUAACCCAUGGGACGUCAUUAUCAUUUUACUAGAACACAGGAUCCUAACCCAUGGGACGUCAUUAUCAUUUUACUAGAACACAGGAUCCUAACCCAUGGGACGUCAUUAUCAUUUUACUAGAACACAGGAUCCUAACCCAUGGGACGUCAUUAUCAUUUUACUAGAACACAGGAUCCUAACCCAUGGGACGUCAUUAUCAUUUUACUAGAACACAGGAUCCUAACCCAUGGGACGUCAUUAUCAUUUUACUAGAACACAGGAUCCUAACCCAUGNGGAGGGGGGCGUUUUUAUGCAAACGUUGUUUUUUUGUUUUUUGUUGUUGGUGUUGUUGUUUUUUUUUGGGGGGGGGGGUCGUCUCGGCAGUAAUUAUUCGUAUAUGAUGCAAGAAUAUGCUAAAAUUCUUUCAGUCCAUGAAUUACUCAGAUCUCUAAUGCUAUAAAAAGAGCUUGUCAUAUUUUGUAACUAUCGUCAAACAUUUGCUUUGUAUUUUCACAAAUAAACUCGCUAGAUUUUUCAUUAUUUUAAGAACUUGUUAGAUCUUGCAAUAGUACAUGAACUCUUUAGAUCUUUCACCAUUAUAAGUCAUAUUAAUAUUGUGUCUAUCGUCUGGCGGAGCGAACGGUUCAUGAAGCUUUCGAAUAUUAGCGCCCUUGGUGGAAAUAGGUAAACAGGCGCCCCAUGUCAAGUGAAAGUCUACCAAGUACAUUUGGAAAUAGCGAAAGUUAGUAAAAAAAAUAGAUUUCUUUUGACUAGUACUAGCACCAACACUAACACUAGAUCUAGCACUAGGUCACUUUGUCUUUCAAGGCUUAUAUUAUGAUAUGUAUAUUAUUUCAAAGCGCUCACCCUACACCAUGGCUGUAUCAGGUUCUCCAGCACCAGCUGUGCGCACUCUUCACAUGAGACAAGUGCUGCUGGCAAAGUGUUGUCUCCAUUUGCAUGGUGGCAGAAAAGUGACUUCAUCAUACAUUUCAACUGGCUCUUACGGUCAUAUUAAACACCAUUUCUAUCGGACAUAUUUCUAUUUGGCAAAUUUCUAUCUGACCAUAUUUCUAUCUGACCAUAUUUCUAUCUGACGUAUCUGACCUUGAUGUGUGGAAAAGCUAGGAGAGCAUUGUAAAAAUAAUAAACGGUUCAAAUAAAAUUCAUAAAACCUAAAACUGGUUUUCAUAUUUUAAUAAAAUAUCAGAGCUAAAUCUACUAAUGAUAUGAUUAUGUCUUGUAAAGCUUUAAGGAAAAAUGACGCAGCGGAGUUAAUCUUUGACCAGCCGAGUUCACCUUUGACCAGGAGUGUUAAUCUUUGACCAGAAGAGUUUAUGUUUGACCAGCAGAGCUAAUCUUUGACCACAAGAUUUAAUCUAUGACAAGAACAGUUAAUAUUUGAAUAGGCUAUUUAUUUUUUGACCAGCAGUUCUAGUCUCUGACCGGGAAAGUUGAUCUUUGACCAGUAGAAUAAACAUUUGACCAGGAGAGUUGAUCUUUGACCAGCAGAGUUAAUCUUUGACCAGCAGGGUUAAUCUUUGACCAGCAGAGUUAAUCAUUGACAAAGAGAGUUUACUCUUUGAUAAGCCGAGUUAAUCUUUUACCAGGAGUGCUAGGCUCUGACCAGGAGAGUUGACCAGGACAGUAAAUCUUUAACUAGUAGAAUUAAACUUUGACCAUAUUUUUUCCAGGAAAUGUAUUUAGAAAAGCGUCCAGGUUCAGCAUCAUCAAAAAGGUAAGUGUGGAGUGCUCUGUGGGGUGAUGUGUAGAGUGCUCUGUGGGGUGAUGUGUGGAGUGCUCUGUGGGGUGCUCUGUGGGGUGCUCUGUGGGGUGAUGUGUGGAGUGCUCUGUGGGGUGCUCUGUGGGGUGCUGUGUGGAGUGCUCUGUGGGGUGCUCUGUGGGGUGAUCUGUGGAGUGCUCUGUGGGGUGCUCUGUGGGGUGCUGUGUGGAGUGCUCUGUGGGGUGCUCUGUGGGGUGAUGUGUGGAGUGCUCUGUGGGGUGCUCUGUGGGUUGAUGUGUGGAGUGCUCUGUGGGGUGCUCUUUGGGGUGAUCUGUGGAGUGCUCUGUGGGGUGCUCUGUGGGGUGAUGUGUGGAGUGCUCUGUGGGGUGCUCUGUGGGGUGAUGUGUGGAGUGCUCUGUGGGGUGAUGUGUGGAGUGCUCUGUGGGGUGAUGUGUGGAGUACUCUGUGGGGUGAUGUGUGGAGUGCUCUGUGGGGUUAUGUGUGAGGUGCUGCUUUGGGUGCUGUUGGGGUUACUGUGGUGGGUACUGUCCACGAGCACUAUGUAAAUACAAUAGAUUGUGUGUGAGAACUAUAUUAAUAAAUAGUGUAAGUACUAUGUUAAUACAAUAUUGUGAGUACUUUGUUAAUACAAUAGUGUGAGUACUAUGUUUAAACAAUAGUGUGAGUACUAUGUUAAUAAAAUAGAUAAUGUGAGUACUAUGUUAAUACAAUAGAGUGAGUACUAUGUUAAUACAAUAGAUAAUGUGAGUACUAUGUUAAUACAAUAGAUAAUGUGACAACUAUGUUCAUACAAAAGAUAAUGUGAGUACUAUGUUAAAACAAUAGAUAUGUGAGUACUAUAUUAAUACAAUAGAUAAUGUGAGUGCUAUGUUAAUACAAUAGAUAAUGUGAGUACUAUAUUUUUAUAAUAUAUAAUGUGAGUACUAGUUUAAUACAAUAGAUAAUGUGAGUACUAUGUUAAUACAAUAGAUAAUGUGAGUACUAUUUUAAUACAAUAUAUAAUGUGAGUACUAUAUUAAUACAAUAGAUAAUUUGGGUACUAUAUUAAUACAAUAGAUAAUGUGAGUACUGUAUUAAUGCAAUAGAUAAUGUGAGUACUAUGUGUAUACAAUAGAUAAUGUGAGUACUAUAUUAAUCCAAUAGAUAAUGUGAAUACUAUAUUAAUACAAUAGAUAAUUUGAGUACUAUAUUAAUACAAUAGAUAAUGUGAGUACUAUGUUAAUACAAUAGAUAAUGUGAGUACUAUUUUAAUACAAUAUAUAAUGUGAGUACUAUAUUAAUACAAUAGAUAAUUUGGGUACUAUAUUAAUACAAUAGAUAAUGUGAGUACUGUAUUAAUGCAAUAGAUAAUGUGAGUACUAUGUGUAUACAAUAGAUAAUGUGAGUACUAUAUUAAUCCAAUAGAUAAUGUGAAUACUAUAUUAAUACAAUAGAUAAUUUGAGUACUAUAUUAAUACAAUAGAUAAUGUGAGUACUAUGUUAAUACAAUAGAUAAUGUGAGUACUAUGUUAAUUCAAUAGAUAUGUGAGUACUAUAUUAAUACAAUAGAUAAUGUGAAUAUUAUGUUAAUACAGUAUAUAAUGUGAGUACUAUGUUAAUACAAUAGAUAAUGUGAGUAAUAUGUUAAUACAAUAGAUAAUGUGAGUACUAUGUUAAUACAAUAGAUAAUGUGAGUACUAUGUUAAUACAAUAGAUAAUGUGAGUACUAUGUUAAUACAAUAGAUAAUGUGAGUACUAUGUUAAUUCAAUAGAUAUGUGAGUACUAUAUUAAUACAAUAGAUAAUGUGAAUACUAUGUUAAUACAGUAUAUAAUGUGAGUACUAUGUUAAUACAAUAGAUAAUGUGAGUAAUAUGUUAAUACAAUAGAUAAUGUUAGUAAUAUAUUAAUACAAUAGAUAAUGUGAGUACUAUCUUAAUACAAUAGAUAAUGUGAGUACUAUAUUAAUACAAUAGAUAAUGUGAAUACUAUCUUAAUACAAUAGAUAAUGUGAGUACUAUAUUAAUACAAUAGAUAAUGUGAAUACUAUAUUAAUACAAUAGAUAAUGUGUGAUUUAUGUAAAUACAAUAGAUAAUGUGAGUCCUAUAUUAAUACAAUAGAUAAUGUGAGUACUAUAUUAAUACAAUAGAUAAUGUGAGUACUAUAUUAAUACAAUAGAUAAGGUGAGUACUAUAUUAAUACAAUAGAUAAUGUGAGUACUAUGUAAAUACAAUAGAUAAUGUGAGUACUAUAAUAAUACAAUAGAUAAUGUGAGUACUAUGUUAAUAAAAUAGAUAAUGUGAGUACUAUGUUAAUACAAUAGAUAAUUUGAGUACUAUAUUAAUAGAAUAGAUAAUGUGAGUACUAUGUUAAUACAGUAGAUUAUGUGAGUACUAUGUUAAUACAAUAGAUAUGUGAGUACUAUAUUAAUACAAUAGAUAAUGUGAAUAUUAUGUUAAUACAGUAUAUAAUGUGAGUACUAUGUUAAUACAAUAGAUAAUGUGAGUAAUAUGUUAAUACAAUAGAUAAUGUGAGUACUAUGUUAAUACAAUAGAUAAUGUGAGUACUAUGUUAAUACAAUAGAUAAUGUGAGUACUAUGUUAAUACAAUAGAUAAUGUGAGUACUAUGUUAAUUCAAUAGAUAUGUGAGUACUAUAUUAAUACAAUAGAUAAUGUGAAUACUAUGUUAAUACAGUAUAUAAUGUGAGUACUAUGUUAAUACAAUAGAUAAUGUGAGUAAUAUGUUAAUACAAUAGAUAAUGUUAGUAAUAUAUUAAUACAAUAGAUAAUGUGAGUACUAUCUUAAUACAAUAGAUAAUGUGAGUACUAUAUUAAUACAAUAGAUAAUGUGAAUACUAUCUUAAUACAAUAGAUAAUGUGAGUACUAUAUUAAUACAAUAGAUAAUGUGAAUACUAUAUUAAUACAAUAGAUAAUGUGUGAUUUAUGUAAAUACAAUAGAUAAUGUGAGUCCUAUAUUAAUACAAUAGAUAAUGUGAGUACUAUAUUAAUACAAUAGAUAAUGUGAGUACUAUAUUAAUACAAUAGAUAAGGUGAGUACUAUAUUAAUACAAUAGAUAAUGUGAGUACUAUGUAAAUACAAUAGAUAAUGUGAGUACUAUAAUAAUACAAUAGAUAAUGUGAGUACUAUGUUAAUAAAAUAGAUAAUGUGAGUACUAUGUUAAUACAAUAGAUAAUUUGAGUACUAUAUUAAUAGAAUAGAUAAUGUGAGUACUAUGUUAAUACAGUAGAUUAUGUGAGUACUAUGUUAAUACAAUAUAUAAUGUGAGUACUAUAUUAAUACAGUAGAUAAUGUGAGUACUAUGUUAAUACAAUAGAUAAUGUGAGUACUAUGUUAAUACAAUAGAUAGUGUGAGGGUACUAUGUUAAUACAACAGAUGGUGUGUCGAUACUAUGUUAUGACAAAUAGAUUGGGUGUGUACUAUGUUAAUACAGUAGUUUGUGUGUAAGAACUAUGUUAAUACAAUAGAUAAUGUGUGGGUACUAUGCUAAGGUACUAUGUUAAUACAAUAGAUAGUGUUUGAGUACUAUGUUAAUCCAAUAGAUAGUGUGUGAGUACCAUGUUAAUCCAAUAGAUAGUGUGUGAGUACCAUGUUAAUCCAAUAGAUAGUGUGUGAGUACUAUGUAAAUGCAUGUUUUCUUUGACUUCGUAUUUCAGAAAUGCAAAGAAUCAACUGAUGGAGAUCGCGUGCUUAUCAUGUGAUCGGGAGGUUGAACUCCCAAACCAGACGUGAGUUGAUCUGUCAUUGUCAACCUGACAUUUAACGGGUGGGUCUGGAACGGUGUUGAUGAAUCAGACGUCACAUGACGUCAUUUGCGUUUGUUGCUCCAAGUAUGGGUCUAAUAUAGCUUAUAAACUGGUUUGUUGCUCCAAGUAUGGGUCUAAAAUAGCUUAUAAACUGGUUUGUUGCUCCAAGUAUGGGUUUAUAGCUUAUAAACUGGUUUCAAUCAAGUAUAUUUACAUUAACCACGUAUCUGCUUUCACCUAGAAAUAAGGGAGAGAAUUUUGACUUUCAGAAUCUAAUUGACCAAGUAAAGUCUGUAAAGAAACGAUUUUCUCUAAAGGUACAAUGUGCACAUGUUUAGAACCAUUCCAUAUUUUGUUUUAUAUAAGAGGAUUGUCACAUUAUUUAUCAGAAAUCAACAAAACUGAAGAAUGUAUUUGACAUACGUUAAAUAGAUCAAGGAGGUGAUAGGAUGCAUUUACUAGAGUCUUGGCAGCUCGUCCAGAGAAAGUGGUUCAGUUGGUCUUCCUUCAAAUGUAGUUUGUUUUGUCCUGGUUUUUUUUUUAAAAGUGAAACACCUGGUCCCCAUUUCAGUGAACCACCUGGUCCCUAUUUCAGUGAACCACCUGGUCCCCAUUUCAGUGAACCACCUGGUCCCCAUUUCAGUGAACCACCUGGUCCCCAUUUCAGUGAACCACCUGUUCCCCAUUUCAGUGAACCACCUGUUCCCCAUUUCAGUGAACCACCUGUUCCCCAUUUCAGUGAACAUCCUGUUCCCCAUUUCAGUGAACCACCUGUUCCCCAUUUCAGUGAACCACCUGGUCCCCAUUUCAGUGAACCACCUGUUCCCCAUUUCAGUGAACCACCUGUUCCCCAUUUCAGUGAACCACCUGUUCCCCAUUUCAGUGAACCACCUGGUCCCCAUUUCAGUGAACCACCUGGUCCCCAUUUCAGUGAACCACCUGGUCCCCAUUUCAGUCAACCGCCUGUUUCCCAUUUCAGAGAACCACCUGUUCCCCAUUCAAGUUAUUUCAACCCAACGAUUUCUCCACGAAUUCCAAAGGCGGUCUUCAGUCCCCCAAGACUACGUUACCUGCUCCAUCGGAACUACAAGUAAGUUCUAUCUUUGAAGUUACAAGUAAGUCUUAGCUUAGCAUCUACAAGCAAGUUUUAUCUUAGCAACUACAAGUAAGUUUUAUCUUAGCAACUAUAGGUAAGUUUUAUCUUAGCAUCUACAAGCAAGUUUUAUCUUAGCAACUACAAGUAAGUUUUAUCUUAGCAACUAUAGGUAAGUUUUAUCUUAGCAUCUACAAGUACGUUUUAUCUUAGCAACUACAAGUAAGUUUUAUCUUAGCAACUAUAGGUAAGUUUUAUCUUAGCAUGUACAAGUAAGUUUUAUCUAAGCAACUACAAGUAAGUUUUAUCUUAGCAACUACAAAUAAGUUUUAUCUUAGCAACUAUAGGUAAGUUUUAUCUUAGCAUCGACAAGUAAGUUUUAUCUAAGCAACUACAAGUAAGUUUUAUCUUAGCAUCUACAAGUAAGUUUUAUCUUAGUAACUACAAGUAAGUUUUAUCUUAGCAACUACAAGUAAGUUUUAUCUUAGUAUCUACAAGUAAGUUUUAUCUUAGCAUCGACAAGUAAGUUUUAUCUAAGCAACUACAAGUAAGUUUUAUCUUAGCAUCUACAAGUAAGUUUUAUCUUAGCAUCUACAAGUAAGUUUUAUCUUAGUAACUACAAGUAAGUUUUAUCUUAGCAACUACAAGUAAGUUUUAUCUUAGCAUCUACAAGUAAGUUUUAUCUUAGUAACUACAAGUAAGUUUUAUAUUAGCAACUACAAAUAAGUUUUAUCUUAGUAUCUACAAGUAAGUUUUAUCUUAGCAUCUACAAGUAAGUUUUAUCUUAGCAACUACAAGUAAGUUUUAUCUUAGCAUCUACAAAUAAGUUGUAUCUUAGUAUCUACAAGUAAGUUUUAUCUUAGCAUCUACAAGUAAGUUUUAUCUUAGCAACUACAAGUAAGUUUUAUCUUUGCAACUACAAGUAAGUUUUAUCUUAGCACCUACAAGUAAGUUUUAUCUUAGCACCUACAAGUAAGUUUUAUCUUAGCAACUACAAGUAAGUUUUAUCUUAGCAACUACAAGUAAGUUUUAUCUUAGUAACUACAAGUAAGUUUUAUCUUAGCACCUACAAGUAAGUUUUAUCUUAGCAACUACAAAUAAGUUUUAUCUUAGCAACUACAAGUAAGUUUUAUCUUAGUAACUACAAGUAAGUUUUAUCUUAGCAUGUACAAGUAAGUUUUAUCUUAGUAUCUACAAGUAAGUUUUAUCUUAGCCAUAUCUUUUUUACCUUUAUUUAAUCUCUCAUCAACUUAUGGCCUUUUACUUUUCUCUUGCUGCCCUGUUACUUGAUGUUUCCAUUUAUGUCUUAGGAUAGAUACAGAGAACUUUAUGUUUCCAUUUAUGUCUUAGGAUAGAUACAGAAGGACUUGAUGUUUCCAUUUAUGAUUUAGGAUAGAUACAGAGAACUUGGUGUUUUCAUUUAUGUCUUAGGAUAGAUAGAGAAGGACUUGAUGUUCCAUUUAUGUCUUAGGAUAGAUACAGAAGGACUUGAUAUUUACAUUUAUGUUUUAGGAUAGAUACAGAGAACUUGAUGUUUCCAUUUAUGCUUUAGGAUAGAUACAGAGAACUUGAUGUUUCCAUUUAUGCUUUUGGAUAGAUACAGAAGGUCUUGAUGUUUCCCUAUUAGGCUUUAGGAUAGAUACAGAAGAACUUGUUUUUCCAUUUAUGCUUUAGGAUAGAUACAGAGAACUUGAUGUUUCCAUUUAUGUCUUAGGAUAGAUACAGAAGGACUUGAUGUUUCCAUUUAUGUUUUAGGAUAGACACAGAAGGACUUGAUGUUUACACUAUACCUCGUCCAAUGGGUGGAGGUUAUACACAGUACUGGCCAAAAUCAACUCAUUUAGGACAUCAGUAAGUUAAUUUAUUUAUAUACAUAGGACAGCGGUAAUUUUUUUAUACAGUUAGAUCAUCAGUAAGUAGGUGUAUAUUGCCAUGUAUUGAAUGACUUUGUUAGGUCUAUGAAAUUAAUGUAUUGAUUUCUUUAGUUAGGUCUAUAAAAGUACUGUAUUGAUUGCAUUAUUUAGGUCUAUGAGAGUAAUGUAUUGAUUUCCUUUAUGAGGUCUUUGAAAGUAAUGUAUUGAUUGACUUUGUUAGGUCUAUGAAAUUAAUGUAUUGAUUUCUUUAGUUAGGUCUAUAAAAGUACUGUAUUGAUUGCAUUAUUUAGGUCUAUGAGAGUAACGUAUUGAUUGCCUUUAUUAGGUCUUUGAAAGUAAUGUAUUGAUUGACUUUGUUAGGUCUAUGAAAAUAAUGUAUUGAAUGACUUUGUUAAGCGUAUGAAAGUAAUGUAUUGAAUGACUUUCUUAGUAAUGUAAUAAUUACCUUACCAGGUCUAUGACAAGUUAUGUAAUAAUUGCCUUAAUUAGGUCUUUGAAAGUAAUGUUUUGAAUGACUUUGUUGGGUUUAUGAAAAUAAUACAUCGAAUGACUUUGUUAGGCCUAUGAAAGUAAUGUAUUGAUCACCUUAGGUCUAUGGUAGUAAUGUAUUGAUUACCUUAGGUCUAUGAAGGUAAUGUAUUGAUUGUCUUAUGUCUAUGAGAGUAAUGUAUUGAUUACCUUAGGUCUAUGAAAGUAAUGUAUUGAUUACCUUAGGCCUAUGAAAGUAACGUAUCGAUUACCUUAGGUGUAUGAUAGUAAUGUAUUGAUUACCUUAGGUCUAUGAAAGUAAUGUAUUGAUUACCUUAGGUGUAUGAUAGUAAUGUAUUGAUUACCUUAGGUCUAUGAAAGUAAUGUAUUGAUUACCUUAGCCUAUGAAAGUAAUGUAUCGGUUGUCUUAUGUCUAUGAGAGUAAUGUAUUGAUUACCUUAGGUCUAUGAUAGUAAUGUAUUGAUAGUCCCCAUCAUCACUUGUAUCAUAAAUCAGUCCUUAUCUACUGGUAUUGUUCCACCAUCUUUUAAAGAGGCGAUCGUCACUCCACUAUUAAAGAAAUCAAAUCUUGACCCAAAUGUGAUGGAAAAUUAUCGCCCCAUCUCAAAUCUACCAUUUAUAUCCAAAAUAUUAGAAAAAGUCGUUCUCCGCCAACUCCUGGAUCACCUCAUUCAAUAUGACUUGUUUGAACCAUUCCAAUCAGCAUACAGGGCGCAUCACUCUACUGAGACAGCUCUGUUGCGCGUCGUAAACGACCUUCUGUCGUCUUGUGAUGAGGGCCAGGUAUCGAUUUUGUCUUUACUCGAUCUAUCGGCAGCUUUCGAUACGCUUGAUUACGGCAUACUGCUCUAGCGUCUGCAACAAACGUUCGGUCUCACUGAUACCGUCCUGAGUUGGUUCCGAUCAUAUCUGACUAAUCGGGUCCAGUCAGUUAUUUCAAACGGCCUGACUUCGAAGAAAUCCAAUAUCGAAUUCGGAGUACCCCAGGGCUCGGUUCUAGGCCCGGUGCUUUUCACGAUGUACAUUCAGCCCCUGGGCGCAGAGAUCAAUCAGUUUGACAUGCAAUACCACAUGUUCGCAGACGACACUCAAAUUCAUCAAUCCAUGCUCCCCUCUAAGUUCCCUCAGCAGCUCACUAUGACACAGAAGACAGUUGAAUCAGUUAAGCUUUGGAUGACCAUAAACAAGCUCAAAUUGAACGAUGAUAAGACUGAGCUGCUCCCCAUCGCGACCGCUCAGAAGCAAAAAUCUGCAAAUAACACGACAUCAAUUACUCUUUCAGGAGUGCGUAUUGAGUUAGCUCAAACAGUGCGGUACCUGGGUGUCUACCGAGACUGAAGACUUACCUUGGAAAGUCACAUUAACAUGCUAUGCAAGGCGAUUUUUCUAGAGCUGCGCAGGAUUAGCCACAUCAGGCCCUUCCUAACAAUUGAUGCAACAAAGAGGCUGAUGUCUGCAUUUGUGCUAUCACGCAUGGACUAUUGCAAUUCUCUCAUGGUGGGUCUUCCAGCUAUGCUCCUUGAUAAAAUUCAGAUAGCACAGAAUAAUGCGGCUCGAAUUGUUCUCCGCAAAAGCAAGUUCGACCAUGCAAAAACACUUCUGAGAGAGUUGCAUUGGCUGCCGGUGCGUGCUCGCAUAGAGUACAAAAUCGCAACUUUGUGCUACCGCUGUCUACAUGGCCUGGCGCCGUCCUAUCUGAAAGAGCUGCUGACGCCUUAUGUACCCACUAGACAACUCCGCUCAUCCGACAAUGGCAAACUCUUGACACCACGUGUUCGCCUUGAGACUUGCGGAAAGCGCACUUUCGCAUUUGCUGGUCCAACAAUUUGGAACGCCCUUCCACUCGAUCUCAGAAACAUCCAGACACUGGAGUCCUUUGAAACCGAUUUAAAGGCACAUUUAUUUCGCAAAACACCUUCUGGGAUGAUUGUCUACCAUAUUUUCCAUUAAAUACAUAUUAGCUGUGUUGCUCACGGUUGAAAUGGGUUGAAAGACUUUGCCAUUGUAUGCUUGUAAUUAGUUUUUGUAGUGUUGCGUUUGUUUUAAAUGUUGUAAAUUAUAGAUUUGUUGUUUUUUUUUACUCUUGUGCCGCACUUGGAGCCUUUGGGGAUGAAGCGUGUUUUUGAAAUACACUUUAUUAUUAUUAUUGUCUUAUGUCUAUGAGAGUAAUGCAUUGAUUACCUUAGGUCUAUGAGAGUAAUGCAUUGAUUACCUUAGGUCUAUGAAAGUAAUGUAUUGAUGACCUUAGGUCUAUGAUAGUAAUGUAUGGAUUACCUUAGGUCUAUGAUAGUAAUGUAUGGAUUACCUUAGGUCUAUGAUAGUAAUGUAUGGAUUACCUUAGGUCUAUGAGAGUAAUGUAUUGAUGACCUUAGGUCUAUAAAUUUAAUGUUUUGAUUACCUUAGGUCUAUGAUAGUAAUGUAUGGAUUACCUUAGGUCUAUGAUAGUAAUGUAUGGAUUACCUUAGGUCUAUGAUAGUAAUGUAUGGAUUACCUUAGGUCUAUGAUAGUAAUGUAUGGAUUAUCUUAGGUCUAUGAUUGUAAUGUAUGGAUUACCUUAGGUCUAUGAUAGUAAUGUAUGGAUUACCGUAGGUCUAUGAUAGUAAUGUCUUGAUUACCUUAGGUCUAUGAAAGUAAUGUCUUGAUUACCUUAGGUCUAUGAGAGUAGUGUAUUGAUUACCUUAGGUCUAUGAAAGUAAUGUAUUGAUGACCUUAGGUCUAUGAUAGUAAUGUAUUGAUUACCUUAGGUCUAUGAUAGUAAUGUAUGGAUUACCUUAGGUCUAUGAUAGUAAUGUAUGGAUUACCUUAGGUCUAUGAUAGUAAUGUAUGGAUUACCGUAGGUCUAUGAUAGUAAUGUCUUGAUUACCUUAGGUCUAUGAAAGUCAUGUCUUGAUUACCUUAGGUCUAUGAGAGUAAUGUAAUUAUUACCUUAGGUCUAUGAAAGUAAUGUAUUGAUGACCUUAGGUCUAUGAUAGUAAUUUAUGGAUUACCUUAGGUCUAUGAUAGUUAUGUAUGGAUUACCUUAGGUCUAUGAUAGUAAUGUAUGGAUUACCUUAGGUCUAUGAGAGUAAUGUAUUGAUGACAUAAGGUCUAUAAAUUUAAUGUUUUGAUUACCUUAGGUCUAUGAUAGUAAUGUAUGGAUUACCUUAGGUCUAUGAUAGUAAUGUAUGGAUUACCUUAGGUCUAUGAUAGUAAUGUAUGGAUUACCUUAGGUCUAUGAUAGUAAUGUAUGGAUUACCUUAGGUCUAUGAUAGUAAUGUAUGGAUUACCUUAGGUCUAUGAUAGUAAUGUAUGGAUUACCUUAGGUCUAUGAUAGUAAUGUAUGGAUUACCUUAGGUCUAUGAUAGUAAUGUAUGGAUUACCUUAGGUCUAUGAUAGUAAUGUAUGGAUUACCUUAGGUCUAUGAUAGUAAUGUAUGGAUUACCUUAGGUCUAUGAUAGUAAUGUAUGGAUUACCGUAGGUCUAUGAUAGUAAUGUCUUGAUUACCUUAGGUCUAUUAGAGUAAUGUAUUGAUUACCUUAGGUCUAUGAAAGUAAUGUAUUGAUGACCUUAGGUCUAUGAUAGUAAUGUCUUGAUUACCUUAGGUCUAUGAAAGUAAUGCAUUGAUUACCUUAGGUCUAUGAUAGUAAUGUAUGGAUUACCUUAGGUCAAUGAGAGUAAUGUUUUGAUAACCUUAGGUCUAUGAGAGUAAUGUAUUGAUUACCUUAGGUCUAUGAAAGUAAUGCAUUGAUUACCUUAGGUCUAUGAAAGUAAUGUAUUGAGUACCUUACGCAAGCUGUGUAUAAAGAAUGUUGCUGGUCAUGAAUUAUUCCCCCACAACUGGCCUAGUGAGACAUCAAUAAAAUAAGUCCUUGAUAAUAGGAUGUUAAUAGUUUGAUAGGAUUUUUAAAACGAUGCACCAAAUUAAGAGCAAGUGCAAAUAACCAAUUAUUUGUUAUGAAUAUGAAAAGAUACAUUUUAUGUACAUGAAAACCCAUGAUUUUAUCAUAGUAUGUACAUUUGGAAACAUAUGUACAUAAGCUAAAGAUCCCAAAAAAUAUUUUUUGCUAUUAGUUUGUUUUUCAGUAAUAGAAAAACUCGCCAUAAGUCACGUUUUAAACAGUCACAGAUAUGACAUGACAUGACUCUGAGAUUUUAUAUGAUUUAAGAUAGCCAUAUUUGUUAAAUUAUUAAGGAUUGUUUAAAACUGACUUUGCAGCAAACAAUUUGAGACAAUAGUUCCACAAGCUCCACUGACUAGAACGUGAGUAUCCUUUUGAAAAACUCUUCUUUCUAAUAACUUUAAGUUAUAGUAUGAUUAUAAUAUAUCAGUGGUUCUCAAACUUUUCCCCGCCACCGCCUCCCUGGGCACAUCAGUUCACUCUCACAGCCCCCCCCCCCUCCCUCGUGCUUCAUUCCAAACAUUAUAACAAUACAUUUUUCACGCCACAAUAUGGGAGAUUAUUUCACAAUGACAUGAAUUGGAUCGACUCGUCUUAGUGAAAUACGAUGACCACUCGUAUGUUCUCUGUGUAACAACUGAUAUUUAUUCCACAUUCUACAUUCUUUUUUUAUAUCUCACAUCCAUGAACACUCGCCCCACUUCUCCAACCAAUACCCACACCGUUCAAUUUAAACAUUCAUAAAUGAAAACAACUCACCACGUCUAGUCAUACAACAUGACAACAGCACAGGCCAGUCAGGUCACAAAGCUCAAUCACUACACACACUACUAAUCGCUAGUCAGACAUGCUAUCCCGCGAUUCGUCAAAAUACAAAUGAUUAUUUAUUAUUGGAUUAAUUUAAUUAUAAGCUGAAUAAUUUAAUCUAUAACUAAUUAGCUUACUAAGAUAAGUUAUAAGAGCUUUACAAACAAAUAAAAUGAAACGAACGCAACACGUAGCAUUCCAAUGUGGGCGAUGUGACCAUGAAUGUCAUAGUGAAGACAGCAACCGUGUGUCUAUGGUGUACAUCUAAUGUUCUUAUUCUCAGCCUUGUGUCUAUGUUGUACAUCUAAUGUUCUUAUUCUCAGCCUUGUGUCUAUGAUGUACAUCUAAUGUUCUUAUUCUCAGCCUUGUGUCUAUGGUGUACAUCUAAUGUCCUUAUUCUCAGCCUUGUGUCUAUGGUGUACAUCUAAUGUUCUUAUUCUCAGCCUUGUGUCUAUGGUGUACAUCUAAUGUUCUUAUUCUCAGCCUUGUGUCUAUGGUGUACAUCUAAUGUCCUUAUUCUCAGCCUUGUGUCUAUGGUGUACAUCUAAUGUUCUUAUUCUCAGCCUUGUGUCUAUGGUGUACAGCUAAUGUCCUUAUUCUCAGCCUUGUGUCUAUGGUGUACAUCUUUUCUUCGUAAGACAACUGCUCAUAAUUGAAGUCAAUGAAAACUAAACGUCUAAAUUGUGUCAGCUCUCAGAUUGCUUUCAAUGUUUUGUUAAAUGAUGGUACAUCUUCUCCUCUUCUUGGUUUAGCAGAAGUAAAAAGAAUCUCCUAUGUCACUAGUAAUCAAAACUCUCUCUAGGAUUUAAACGUCUUUGAAACUUUGAAUUUUGAUGUUUACAAACGCAUUCUCCGUAAACUGCCAACCGCUGACUUAGAAAUUCCCAGCGCCCCCUUACAUAGGCAAAGCCCUUUAGCGCCCCCUGCACAAUUCCAACUUGAGAACCACUGAUGAAGUAAAAUGAGAAUUGGAGACCAGAAAUAAACCCUUUACUCUGAAUGUGGUACAAAUAGCAGUCAGAUGUGUUGCUAAGUGAUGGUUCUUUUGGUGAAUCAAAAUGGCGUCCUCCUUCAACAGCCAAAUGGACCAAAGUGUGACGUUGGCAGAAUGAUUUAGUGGAGCGGCUCCAGAGACAGAUAAUCCUUGAUGAUGUCAGACGGAGAUUUAGCAUGUAGCCUCUUGAGGUUUUACAGCUCACCAUUAGUACGAUAUCAGAGACCAAUUCCAACACUCCCCCCGCCCCCCCCCUCCCUCUCUGAAGGCAUCAGUCAGCAUGGAGACAAACAUUAGGCUGAAAAGUGCGUAUCAAACAAGUCUGUAACAAUUUCUGUAAGUUUUCAAUAUUUGUUUGAUCUUUCUAUCAACGUUUUGAAUUUUCAGUGAAAAUACCUUCAUCCAGGGUUGUGAUGGUCGACUCUAUAAAGCAGAUACGAAUUUAAUGCAGGUAAGAUGGUUGGGGCAAUAUUUUUUAGGAUAUUAUAGUAUAAUUUUUUAAUUUUUUUUAAACUAGAUCUAACUGACUUAGGUUGUACUUCUUUUAAAAUAUAUUUAACCUGGUAAUCAUAUUUUUAUGUCGUAAAAUUGUGAGGAUUAAAUCAACAUAAGUCAAUGUGAAAACCUUUCAAUUUGAGGCUAAGAUGAAAUGUGUGAGGCAAGCCUCGGAACUGGAAGAAAAUCAUCAUGAAAAGAAGCGUCAGUUCAAUGCUGGCUUGGAUGUUGUCAUUGCGUCUGUCAACUACAAGGGGAAAUCGGUAAAGUGGUCAUCUUUGAUCUUCUUUUGUGUGAUCAUUGUCAUCUUUGAUCUUCUUUUGUGUGAACAUUGUAAUCUUUGAUCUUCCUUUGUUGAAUAUUAUCAUCUUUGAUCUUCUUUUGUGUGAUCAUUGUCAUCUUUGAUCUUCCUUUGUGUGAACAUUAUCAUCUUUGAUCUUCUUUUUGUGUGAUCAUUGUCAUCUUUGAUCUUCUUUUGUGUGAUCAUUAUCAUCUUUGAUCUUCUUUUGUGUGAUCAUUGUCAUCUUUGAUUUCCUUUUGUGUCAACAUUGUCAUCUUUGAUCUUCUUUUGUGUGAACAUUAUCAUCUUUGAUCUUCUUUUGUGUGAACGUUGUCAUCUUUGAUCUUCUUUUGUGUGAAUAUUGUCAUCUUUGAUCUUCUCGUGUGUGAACAUUGUCAUCUUUGAUCUUCUUUUGUGCCAACAUUGUCAUAUUUGAACUUCUAUUGUGUGAACAUUAUCAUCUUUGAUCUUCUUUUGUGUCAACAUUGUCAUAUUUGAUCUGUUUUCAUCACUUAUUUUGUCACAGAAAGUUUAUUUUCAUUUUUGUGGCCUUUUAGGGUUAAUGUUGUGUGGCCUUUUAGGGUUAGUGUUGUGUGGCCUUUUAGGGUUUGGGUUCUGUGGCCUGUUAGGGUUGGGGUUGGGUGGCCUAUUAGGGAUAGGGUUGUAUGGCCUGUUAGGGUUAGGGUUGUGUGGCCUGUUAGGGUUAGGAUUGUGUGGCCUGUUAGGGUUAGGGUUGUGUGGCCUGUUAGGGAUAGUGUUGUAUGGCCUGUUAUGGUUAAGGGUGUGUGGCCUGUUAGGGUUGUGUGGCCUGUUAGGUUUGUGUGGAUGUUAGGGUUGUGUGGCCUGUUAGGGUAGGUUCAUGUGGGUUCAUGUGGCACAUAGAGGUUGUGUGGCCUGUUAGGUUUGUGUGGCCUGUUAGGGUUGUGUGGCCUGUUAGGGUUGUGUGGCCUGUUAGGGUUGUGUGGCCUGUUAGGGUUGUGUGGCCUGUUAGGGUUGUGUGGCCUGUUAGGGUUGUGUGGCCUGUUAGGGUUAGAGUUGUGUGGCCUACUACAUUUCUCAAUUGACUCACUUUACUGAUAUUACAUUUCUUAAUUUACUCACUCUACUAUUAAAACAUUUUUAUUGAUUGACUCACUCUACUAAUACUUCGUUUCUUAAUUGAUUAAAUCUACUGAUACUACAUUUCUUAAUAGACUCACUCUACUUGUACUAAAUUUCUUAAUUGACUCAUUCUAAUAAUGCUAAAUUUCUUAAUUGACUCACUCUACUAAUACAACAUAUCUUAUUUGACUCACUCUACUAAUACUACAUUUCUUAUUUGACUCAUUCUACUAAUACUACAUUUCUCAUUUGACUCACUCUACUAAUACUACAUUUCUUAUUUGACUCACUCUACUAAUACUACAAUUCGUAACUGACUCAUUCUACUAAUACUACAUUUCUUAUUUGACUCACUCUACUAAUACUACAAUUCGUAACUGACUCACUGUACUAAUACUACAUUUCUCAUUUGACUCACCCUACUUAUACUACAUUUCUCAUUUGACUCACCCUACUAAUACUACAUUUCUUAUUUGACUCACUCUACUAAUACUGCAAUUCGUAACUGACUCAUUCUACUAAUACUACAUUUCUUUUUUGACUCACUCUACUAAUCGUAACUUACUGGAAUUUGCCAUUGACAUAAAGGAUUCGAUGUUCUUUCUCUUCCAGUUCAACAUGACAACAGAAACAGCGAAAUCAGGACAGUAAGUUAGAUGGAAGUUAGAAUAUGAGAGUUAUUUAGGUGGAAGUUAGAAUAUGAGAGUUAUUUAGAUGGAAGUUAGAAUAUGGGAGUUAGUUAGAUGGAAGUUAGAAUAUGGGAGUUAGUUAGAUGGAAGUUAGAAUAUGAGAGUUAGUUAGGUAAAAGUUAUAACAUGACAGCUAGUUAGAUAAAAGUUAGAAUAUGAGAGUUAGUUAGAUAGAAUUUAUAAAAUGGCAGUAAGUAGGUAAACUUUAGAAUAUAACAGUUUGUUAGGUAAAAUUUAGAAUUUAAGAGGUUUUUUUCAUUAAGGAAGCAAGGACUGAAUAUUCCUAUGAUUUAAUUUGAUGAAUCUUCAUAUCGUAGCCACAUUGUCCCGGGCUGUGUUGUGAGGGAGACAUUGACAGGCUUAACUGAGAGAAAGUAGUUGCUAUAUUCAAAAUGUUACUUUCUCAUAUUAUUUCCUAUUCCAAGAAUGACGUAAUCCAAUACUAACCUAAUCCAGCAUGACCUAAUCCAACAAUGACCUAAUCCAACAAUGACCUAAUCCAAAAAUGACCUAAUCCAGCAACGACCUAAUCCAACAAUGACCUAAUCCAACAAUGACCUAAUCCAACAAUGACCUAAUCCAAAAACGACCUAAUCCAACAAUGACCUAAUCCAACAAUGACGUAAUCCAAAAACGACCUAAUCCAACAAUGACCUAACCCAACAAUGACCUAAUCCAACAAUGACCUAAUCCAACAAUGACCUAAUCCAACAAUGACCUAAUCCAAAACGACCUAAUCUAACAAUGACCUAAUCCAACAAUGACCUAAUCCAACAAUGACCUAAUCCAAAACGACCUAAUCUAACAAUGACCUAAUCCAACAAUGACCUAAUCCAACAAUACUUAUUUAAAAUGUGUUCACAAAUUAUUUAUUACAUAGACGUAUUUCUAAUCAUAAGGAAUGUAUUAAGACCAACUUACAUAAUAUGUUACUAAUUAAAUAUGAGUAAGGUUACCUGACAUCUUACCUGACAUGUUACUGAAGCAGUGAGCAUUCCUUCACCUAGGAUGCGCGGAGCUGUGGCCACCAAGCCGUUUGUUCAAGGAAUUGGCAAAAAUAUCAGCAUCACCGUCAUGGCAGAGAAUCCACAGAAGGAAGUUUUCAUCCACAAUAUUCCAAUUGAUGAGGUGUCCGAAGAAGUGCCGGUCAUAACAAUAGGUCUGACCCAAUGAUAGUUUACAGCAAUAGGUCUGACCAAAUGAUAGUUUAUAACAAUAGGUCUGACCAAAUGAUAGUUUAUAACAAAAUAUCUGACCCAUUGAUAGUUUAUAACAAUAGUCAAUAGGUCUGACCCAAUGAUAGUUUAUAACAAUAGGUCUGACCCAAUAAUAGUUUAUAACAAUAGGUCUGACCCAAUGAUAGUUUAUAACAAUAGGUCUGAUCAAAUGAUAGUUUAUAACAAUAGGUCCGACCAAAUGCUAGUUUAUAACAAUAGAUCUGACCCAUUGAUAGUUUAUAACAAUAAGCAAUAGGUUUGACCCAAUGAUUGUUUAUAACAAUAGGUCUGACCAAAUGAUAGUUUAUAACAAUAGGUCUGACCCAAUGACAGUUUAUAACAAUUGUUCUGACCCAAUGAUAGUUUAUAACAAUAUGCAAUAUGUCUGACCCAAUGAUAGUUUAUAACAAUAGUUCGGACCCAAUGAUAGUUUAUAACAAUAGUUCGGACCCAAUGAUAGUUUAUAACAAUAGUUCUGACCAAACUGUAUAUCUCAACAAAUUAUGUCAAAGAUAUCAACUAUAUCUGAUGUAUGGUUGACAGAUGUAGUCCAUGGUUGACAGGUGUAGGCCAUGGUUGACAGAUGUAGUCCAUGGUUGACAGUUGUAGUCCAUGGUUGACAGUUUUAGUCCAUGGUUGACAGUUGUAGUCCAUGGUUGACAGAUGUAGUCCAUGGUUGACAGUUGUAGUACAUAUUUGUCUAUAUUUGUCUAUAUUUUCAACAACAAAAAAUGAUAAGUUAAACUUCUUAUUUUUUAAAUACAUCUUGUUACAAUUUUGGAACUCUAAGCAGUAACAACUGCUACAAGCUCCAUGUUCCAGCUCCAUGUUCCACCUCCAUGUUCUACCUCCAUGUUCCAGCUUCACGUUCCACCUCCAUUUUCCAGCCCCAUGUUCCACCUCCAUGUUCCAGCCCAAUGUUCCACCUCCGAGCUAUGGAUUCUUCUUAUGUAUGAAAUAGUUUGAACAAUUAUCUCAAUUUUAAAUCGUUUCAAAUCUUUUUGUUGUAGGAGAAGCAACGCCUCUGAUACAGUCCCCCCCACCAGAUGAUAACAAGUUGGGAAACAAUUAGACGCCCUUACUUUAGUCUUUUUUAAAAAAAAAACAUAAAUUAUGCAAUCAAAAUGUCAUUAACAUUCAAG